AUGGAAUACAAAGGCAUAAUCCUGAAACCAUCAGGCAAUGCAAGGGACCCUUCUGUCAUCAAGAUGUAUGUGCCCAUCUAGUGCAAGGGGAAAGGGGGAAAAGAAUGGUGAUGUGGGAAACUGAGGAAAAGGCCUGCAUAGCAAAUAGCAGCUUGAUAACAGGCUUAUGAAAGGUUGGUGCUGACCUUUAAAGCCCUAAACGGGCUUGGCCCAGUAUACCUGAAGGAGCGUCCCCACCCCCCAUCGUUCAGCCCGGACACUGAGGUCCAGCGCCGAGGGCCUUCUGGUGAUUUCCUCACUGCGAGAAGCCAAGUUACAGGGAACUAGGCAGAGGGCCUUCUCGGUAGUGGCGCCCUCCCUGUGGAAUGCCCUCCCACCAGAUGUCAAAGAGAAGAACAACUACCAGACUUUUAGAAGACAUCUGAAGGCAGCCCUGUUUAGGGAAGCUUUUAAUGUUUAACAGACCAUUGUAUUUUAAUACUUUGUUGGAAGCCGCCCAGGGUGGCUGGGGAGACCCAGCCAGAUGGGCAGGGUAUAAAUAAUAAAUUAUUAUUAUAAUAGGACCAGCUAGGAAUAGUAUGCUUCGUAGUUUACAAUGCAGGUUCUAGUAGUAGAGCAACAGUCCUUUGCAGGAACCAUUAAAUUCAGAAUGCAUGUAUGCUAUGUGUCAAAAAACUGCUUUGAGUGUAAGUAACUUCUGCUGCUAUUACUAAUUACAGCCUUUACAGGGCAAACUACACAUGAAGGAGAAUUUUAUGAUUCUUUAGAUUCCCCCCCCUCCCCCGGGAAAAGCAACGUAUGUUUGCUUGUGUGAUUUGAAUGUCCUUUGCUCACAGUUUCAGCCUCUUGCAGCUGUUUUUUGUUUGUUUGUUUUGGGGUGUGUGUUUUUUUUAAGCACAGGGAGGAAAAACUGUAGAAGUGCCUAACUAAACAAAAACAGUUCCUGCUCUGUGGCAUUUACAUUCUGAAUAUUAGGCAGUUUUCGUAGUGCUUUGAGUGAGUGAUAGCUCUCAGUUAGGUCCGCUUUUGUGACACAUCCCUGGUCUCUUAAGAAAUCAAAUCAUUUUAGAGGCUGGAAGUAGACUCCUAAAGAUUGAAUAAUCUACGAAGAUAAUACUGCAAGGCUUUCAUGUUUUCAUAUAAAUUAUGAAAAUAGAGAUGAGUGUGGAUUAAAGUAAAAUGAGAUCAAGGUUUCAUUAGAUCUCUGGUUCUUAUUUCUGAAAGACGCCUAUUUAAUAUUUGUGUAUUACUCAUCCUCCAGCAUAGCUAAGCUCAGGUGAAUUUUCCUCAUGUUUCAUUCAGCAAAAAAAUUACCUUUAUAAAAAAAAACUUGGAUUAAAGAGGACCAUCUUUUAAAAUAUAUAUUAUUUAAUCAUUUUUUUCGAUACAAACAGCAACCGCAAAGGACACAUACAACAAAAACCAUAAUAACAAUAAUAACACAAUUUGACAAUUCAGAUUUGAAUACACUGAUAUAUCUAUGACUACACCUUUUUUAAACAAUAUUUUCCCACCUCUCUCUCCUCCCCCUACUUUCCACCACUAUCCGCCUUAUCGCUUAAAUGUUCGUUCCAAAUUUCUUCAUAUCUAUCCAUUCUUAUUUUGGGUCGUUUGUAUGUAGCUAAUCUGUCCAUAUUAUCAAUCCAUGUGCUCAAUGGAAUCCUUUUGCGGCUCUUCCAAUUCUUCAAAACAAGUUUUUUUGCUUCUAAUAUAGCACAGUGCAUCCAAUUUUUUUGACCCCUUGAAAUCUCACACGUUCCCGGAAUAUAAUUUAGAAUUAAAUUCAGUUCCCCUAAAUAACAAUUUAUUUUUAUUACUCUUGCUAUAAAUAUACUCACCUCGCACCAAAAUGAUCUUAUCAUCGGGCAGUUAAUCAACAUAUGUACUAAGCUCGCAUUUUUACUCCCACAUCUCCAGCAUUUGUCUGCACUUGUUACUUUCUUCUGGUAUAGUUCUGCUGGAGGACGAAUAUUUUCUGUUGAAUAAGUCUUAGUCUUAGAUCCAUAAGAGGCUAUUUCUGUUGAUUUUAUGCUUGACUCCCAUAUAUCAUUUGUUAUCUGUACCCCUAAAUCUUCACUCCAUUUUUGUCUAUCGUAUUCUAAAUCAUAUUUCCUCCAUUGAGUAGGGUUUUAUAUAGUGCAAAUGUAAAGUUUUUCGUUUUUGUUGCAGAGAUUAAAUCUUGUAGCAGCAUGGAUGUUUCUGAUGCUGCUAUAGCAUCAGGGCCAAACUGCCUUUCCAUCUUCAGCUUUGCUUUUUUGGGUACUUGGCCGACUAUCUAGAGCGGGAAACUCAUUUUACUGCAUCAAAGAUAAAGGAAGAACUAUAAUGAGAUACAUUUUUGAAUUUCAUUUGUUCUGAUAAGUGGCGUCCAGAGGUACCAGGCAUCUCACUUUCCCACAUAUCAUUGGUUCUGCUGUAUUAUAACUAGAAUCCAAUCUUUUUCAUAGAGUGUAGUUGUCAGUUCAGGUUGGAAUAAUCUGCAGUACAAGUCUGCCACAGACUUGUCAUCGCUGCUGUCUUGUGACAAAUAAGGCUCUUAAGAGAAGGUUCCAGAUUCAUAUUAUGAGAAGUAGAAAGUGUAGUGGAGGGGGGAAAUGAUAUUAGCAUUGCAGCUUACGUAAUAGAAAUAGGAAGGUUUCACUGUGGAUUGUAUUAAUGUCACUAAACGCUUCUCUACAAAAAACAAUAAUAAUAACUAUGGGUUUUCUCUGAGCUGUGCUGGAAUUCCAGGGCAUUGCCCCUUAGUGAAUAGCCUAUAUUGAUCAAUGUUAUGGUACUUGCAAGGAAGUACUAGUGCAGGCAUAGGCAAAUUCGGCCCUCCAGAUAUUUUGGUACUACAACUCCCCUCAUCCCUAGCUAACAGGACCAGUGGUCAGGGAUGAUGGGAGUUGUAGUCCCAAAACAUCUGGGGGGGGGGCUGAGUUUGCCUAUGCCUGGACUAGUGCAAGAAUCCUACAGUACCAGUUGGGUUUCUGUCCAGUUGGCUUUGAGUGUUGUUGCUAUGUGCGUUCCUAUACUUAAGAAUUCUGCUAGCAUUCUGUAUGGAACAGAAGUUUAGACUAGCUACAGUCACAUUAUAACAAUUAAUUAUAUUAAUUAACACUUAUUAGCUCCAACUUGGAAAAAACUCUAGUUGUACCCAGUUAUUUUUCUAGAUCAAAAUCUCAAAAAAAGAAAGAAAAGUUUUUAUUUCGAAGUUAGUCUCAACAGGUUUUAUCUGCAAUGGGAACAGGACUUGCAACUCUUGAAACACAACAUUCUAGGGCCUGUGAGAGGCAAAGGGGAGCAAAUUUCUGAGAGUGGGAUAUGGAGUCUAGCAGUAAAGGAAUAGAGUCCAUGUUCCUCAGGCAAUGUACCUCCAACAAUAAGGAAAAUAGAAAAUGCUAUUUCCAGGGAUUGCAUGUUCUUGCAUGUCCCAUGCCGUUGAGAAGUACAUCCAUCCAUAAUAUUACGCCAACAGUAAUAUUAGGCCAACAGUAAUAACACAAUCCAAACUCGAAUUCUUUCAGAAGCACAAAGCAACAAUUAAAAGUGCAUAAUUCAAAAAGGUUAUCCCAGCCAAUCCAAGACAAUCAGUGAAUCCGAUGUAGAGAACUCAAAACUCACGCAGUGGGUUGAUUGAGCUACAGACUUCAGGUCAUAUUUCAGUAUGUAUUAUAUGGUCAAUAAAUUAAAUAUCUAGCAGAGUUACCAUCUCCCCCUCCCCCCGCCCAUCCCCUACAGUGCUUUCACGCAUAUAGCAUUAUGAGUUUGUGGGUGCCAGACUUCUAAUCCUUAUAAUCCCAGCAACUGUUAAAAUGUAAAUCAAGCUAGCUUCCUCAUGAGGUGAUCACCUGGGAGAUGGGCCAUUAAGAGAAAUAAAGGACAAGUAAGGGGCCAUUUGGACAGAAGAAAGGGAGCUCUGUGGCAGAUGGCAAAUAGGUGGGGCCCUCCCUCCCUCUCUUACAUAGUAAGAUAAAACAGCAGUACUGCUGUGUUUUGCUGCUAUGUCAGCUAGAAGCUGGGUGCAAAAAAAGGCUGAAGGCUGGACAAGCAGAGAGAAAGCUAUGACUGAUUUCUGCUUGAAUCUGAGGCUGUGGCUAUGGGAGAAACAAGGCCCUUUGGGGGUGUUGAUGUUGUGUACCCCGCCAUCAUAGACUCAGGUUGUAUAUAUGUGUAAAUAAACCAUAUAACCUAAAGACACCACCGUCUGUGCUGUGCCAAAAGGAAGCACAAACCCUGGGUAAGCACCUGAAACCCCUAGAAUCUCACACCACUGGGACAACAAUAGCCUUGAUUUAUAUUUUUAAAUCCAACCCUCUCUAGUCUGUGAAACAUAAAUAUUCCACCACUGACAAAUCCUUUGGUAAUUGCCCAAAGAGAAUGAAGUAAACAUAGGGAUAUGUUUGUUAAGCACCCUAAUUUGCAUGUUUUCAGUGCUCCAGCAUCACGCUGUUGAGUAAUGUUCAGCUUGUUAUUCACUAUAAAUCCUAACAUCCUUUUUUCGAAAAUGCCAUUACCUCGCCUGUAAUCCUCCCUGUUCCCUUUUGCUUUUUAGUUAGUUAGGUUUCCCACCCCUUUCUGGUGCAUUUCCAUGUGUCCUUGUUAAAUUUUAUUUGAUAGCUUAUGUAGAACAUUUAACAUGCCUGCAGUUGGAACACCGUCAUAAUAGUAAAUCUGCAUAUUUUAAGUUACUCCCCACACAUUCAUAAAAAGAUGGAUCAGAACAAAAGUUCAAUAUUCUUCUCUCGUAGCGGUUAACCAGAUGUUUAGCAGGACAUGAACACAACAGUGUUUUCUCUAAAAACUAAACAAAAGCAAAACCCACUUCAUUAUUGCAGUUUGAUCUCAUCCAUUACCAUUUGUUUACUUUAAUAAGCAAAGCAAAACAGUUAUAUCUCUAUAUUAUUGAGUUCCUUUUAAAGCUUUAUUGGGGGUUAAUGGCUUGUUCUUGUUUUUAUUUUUUAUGUGUUUUUAUUUUGUGAUUUUUAUGUUGUGAACUACCCUGAAACCUGUGGGUAUAGGGCAAUUGAUUGAUUGAUUGAUUGAUUGAAUAAGAAAGAAAGAGAAAGAAAAUAAAGAAUAACGUCAUCAAUCUUGCCCUAUGAUCGUUCUGAUAUUUGGUGGUAGGGGCAAAGCUUUGGAAUGUGAGGAGUUCAAUAACGAGCUCGCCAAGUUCAUAAACCUCACCCCAACCAAUUCUAAAUAAAGUCCAAACUACUCUGGUCAGGUUGUUUAGCUUGAAACGCUAUAAAAUAGCCCCCAUCACAAUCUGUCUCUGAUAUCCUCUUCUGUUUCCUUAUUCAAAAUUUAACUAGUAGUGAGAAAGAAAGCCUGUAUUGGGACUUCCAUAAACUUCUCCACUAGGCCAGAGGUGCUGCUGUGCAUUGCUUUGGCAGUCCAGACAUUUUGCACAGUCCCUGGCAACUGCUAUACAGUGGUACCUCAGGUUACAUACGCUUCAGGUUACAGACUCUGCUAACCCAGAAAUAUUACCUCAGGUUAAGAACUUUGCUUCAGGGUGAGAACAGAAAUCGUGCAGCAGCUGCGCAGCGGCAGCGGGAGGCCCCAUUAGUUAAAGUGGUGCUUCAGGUUAAGUACAGUUUCAGGUUAAGAACGGACCUCCGGAACAAAUUAAGUACUUAACCCGACGUACCACUGUAGUUCCUCUGUUAAUCUCUCCAUCGCACCAUAGAUCUGAGAUUUCAUUUACCGUCUUGUACCCCACCACAACCUGUUUCUGUCGCCAAGUGUAGGUUGAGGAAAAGAAACGGGCUGGUUGGUACCAUAGAGGCUAAAGUUAAGGAGUUAUCAGGCUUGUUUGUGCUCUUGAUGACAUAAUUAGGACUGCAACAGGUUCCAACUAAAGGAUAAAACAGACUACUUACGAAUUUUGCAAUUAGUUGUCUCAUUACAUGAGUUUGGUGUAUGUUUCCCGCUUGUAACGUUGCACUGAACGGCUUGGAAUUUGUAAUUCCACCUUUGGUUUUACAUUUCUCCGUUAGUAAGUUCCCUCUUAUGUACACGCUCACCUCCUGCAAUUACCAAGCUUGUUCUUCUUUGGGUAUGGCUUGCAAAGUGCUUUUCUGAAUUACUACUUUCAGUAGUUGCCAGACUUCUGCAUUUUCACUUCGCGUAACGUGUGCACUCCAAAAAUGCACUCUGAAUGUGGCAGCUGAAUUUAUUUAUUUUUUGGGUGGGGGAGGGCGAGUAUUAUCAAUCCUGAUCACACAUUGAGGUAAUGCGGAGAAUAACUCUUCCUUUCAGGUGACUUGCCUCCAGACCAGUCGCUUAAAGCUUCCGCCAGCCAUCUAGCAACAUGUAGGCAGACGGACUGGCACACUGGAAAAAAUUGGAUGCAUAUGUUCAGAGGGGAAGCAUGAGACUGUGGUCUUACCCAUAUGAGAAAGCCAAGGUGUAUUUUGAGCUAUUUAUGGUGUAUUGAAGGACUAUUACGUUCGUCUACUCCAUGGGUAGGCAAACUAAGGCCUGGGGGCCGGAUCCGGCCCAAUCGCCUUCUAAAUCCGGCCUGGGAAUGGUCCGGGAAUCAGCGUGUUUUUACAUGAGUAGAAUGUGUGCUUUUAUCUAAAAUGUAUCUCUGGGUUAUUUGUGGGGCAUAGGAAUUUGUUCAUCCCCCCCCCCAAAUAAAUAGUCCGGCCUCCCACAAGGUCUGAGGGACAGUGGACCAGCCCCCUGCUGAAAAAGUUUGCUGACCCCUGGUCUACUCCUUUACCCCCAAAAUCCCUUCCUCUAUGACCAGUAUGAAAACCAAGCAGGCUGGUGGAAAACCGUCCGAUUGCUUCAUAGAAGGACUGUUGUUUGAUGCUUGCUGGAACCAGCACAGAACUGCAGCUUACUAGCCUCUUAACAGGUCUGUAGUUUUGUUUCUGGUUGGCUAGUUACCUCUGUGGGUUGGUUUGUAAGACGGUGCUAUAUAGACAGCACACAAGGACAGACCUCCAGCAAUGUAUAAUUGUUUGUGGCCUCUUGGGUAGUCAUCCUUGUCAAGAAAAGAGGUGCACACAUGCAUGUUAUUUCUUUCUGUGGCUAAUAGUUUCUGGGAGGGAUUUAAGUUUGAAAUUAUGGAUGGGGGGAAAGAGGCAACCUCUCCUCCCUUCCCAGUGCCCCAGUAGCUCUACUGCUACUUUUGGAAGAAGGAAACUAUGUAGUGUGUCCAAACAUGGAAUUCCACCGGAAAGUAUAGUUGGCCCUAGGGCACAGGCCUCUCGGACCCCCAUAGAGGGCAGGCCAGCAUAAGGGAAGCUGUGUGAAAAAUGGAUGUUACUAGGCUUCAGAUUCUUUUUAUAUAUACAGUGGUACCUUGGUUCUCGAACUGCUUAGUUGUCAAACAAAUCAGCUCCCGAACGCCAGAAACCCAAAAGUAAGUGUUCCGGUUUUUGAACAUUUUUCAGAAGCCAAAUGUCCAACAUGUCUUCUGCUUGAAUGCAGGAAGCUUCUGCAGCCAAUCGGAAGCCACACCUUGGUUUUCGAACAGUUUCAGGAGUCGAACAGACUUCUGGAAUGGAUUAAGUUCAAGAACCAAGGUAAUACUGUGUGUGUGUAUUCUGUUUUAUAAUUUAAAGUACUCAUUUUUACAUCCUUAAGAUAUCAAUUACUUCCUUUCUUCUCUUUCCGUUGUUCAUUUUACAUAUCAUAAAUCCCUGCAUAUUUUACAGAAACUAUACCAUUCAGUAUUCCAUUAUUACAUCCAUCGUAACUUGUUUACACUGUUGAAUUUAUCUUUAUGCUGCCAGUGUUUUCAGCUGUACACAAUUAUUUCCCAUAUAUUCAAUAAACAUUUUCCAAUCUUCUUUAAACAUAUGUUCUUCUUGUUGUCUUAUUCUGUAUGUUAAGUCUGCAAGCUGGGCAUAUUCUGCCACAGUAGUGGCAUACAUAAAUAAACUAUUUUGACACCAAGGCUUCAGAUUCUUCAGCAUGAGAUCUAGAAUUCUACAGUAGGAAAAAAUGGAAUUCUGUGGGGACCGGGGAUAAAUUGCGAAAGAAUCACCCCCUACCAAGGGGCAAGGAUAGUGAGGGAGAACCUGACCACAUUUUCAGGUUUUCUGCACCACAGAGCAUGGCACAGUAUGCACCUCUGUGUCAAAAAUACCAUACAAUAUAACUGUUUUUAAAAAUCAGUAAAAAAUGCUAUAACAGAAAAAGUGACAAAAUAUCUAGAAAUCGUCUUCUCCCUUCCCCUAAACAAUUGCAUUAAAAGUAUAUCAGAUUGAACUUUUAAAACAGGCUUAAACUUCAGCACACACAUCAAUUGAUCCAGUAAGGUUUUCCUCCCUGAGAAGUUUGUGUCUGAAUGAAAAUUCGUAUGUGCAGAAUCCUCAGAAUGAAGAUACAUGUCUUGGGCCCUAAUGAAACACAAAUGUUCUUUUCUGCUUUCUCCUGUCAAUGAAUCACUUUGUUCUAGAUGUGCUGAUUCAUCUAAGCCUCUGACUGACAUUGGUAAUAACCCGGAAGGUGGCAGACUUCAGAUUCAACUGUUGGGUUUUUUGUGUACCCACUAGAAUUGAUACUCAGUGCCUUGAUUCAGUUGUGCAGAGGGGCGGGGGACGACUCUGAUUCUUAUUCUGUACAAACUGUAAACUCAUGGGCCUUUAUUACUUCCAGGCUUGUCUGAAUUAUUAAGCAGCAGCUGCUUCACCUCUCCGCAGGAGAAUGCAGGCAUUUGGUUAAAUGAAUUACUACCACUUCUCACACUUUCUCAGAUAGAGGAUGCCUUUCACUUCUGACAGCCAAAUAACAGUUGCUGAUGCAGAAUCUUCUUUGCAGAAGAACUGAAGCUGGCAGAAUUUUUCUCUCUUACAAUGGAUACGUAAUUUAGGUUCGGUUCAACUGUAUUUCUGCGUCGAUGAAUUAUUUUUACUCCAUUAAGGAUUAUGUGAAAUGGCUCAUUUCUGUGCUUGACCCACUCAGUCCUCCAAACAGGAAAGGUUGGAUUUACAAUGGAGUUAGAAUAUGAGGUUCGUCCGUGAAACAUAGGUGCUCUGAGAGCCAGUGUGGUGCAGUGGUUAAGAGCAAUAGACUCGUAAUCUGGUGAACCGGGUUCAAUUCCCCCCUCCUCCACAUGCAGCUGCUGGGUGACCUUGGGCUAGUCACACUUCUCUGAAGUCUCUCAGCCCCACUCACCUCAGAGAGUGUUUGUUGUGGGGGAGGAUGGGAAAAGGAGAAUGUUAGCCGCUUUGAGACUCCUUCGGGUAGUGAUAAAGCGGGAUAGCAAAUCCAAACUCUUCUUCUUCUUCUUCUUCCUCUGAAAAUAGCUAUAUUUUAAGGUAGUGUUAGAAACUCAGGUAUAUAAGCUAGGUGCCAAAUGGCUUCUUAAACCAGUAUUACGGUCACCAAAACAGAAUGCCUAGUUGUCAUUUUGGGGCCAGAAGAGCUCAAAAGGUGUAUUGUUCAAUAUGGCUUUUUGGUUACUGAGAUUCAUUCUGAUAGUGCAGAUGCAAUAUCAUGGAUAGAAUUCUACAGGAUGUGUUGCUAGUGUGUGAAAACAGUUCAGAUCAAAUGAUCCCCAUGCAGGCACCUCUAGAUGAUCGCAAAUGGCCAAUAACCAAGUGCAAAAUGUGUCUGGUGAAUUUCAAAUGCUGUUGUAAUGAUAGGGCUGUGGGGGGGGGGGAGGGAGGACUCGGCUAAAUUGGCAAAGAAAAAUCGCUUUAUAUGCGUUGUUUAUGCAUUCUAACACUAUGGCACCAGAUGGCACUGUGGAGUUCUGUUUUUGCCAACCUGAUUUCUCAUACGAAGUUUGCAAUGCGUUUAAUCGAAACGCUUCUUUGAUGUGUAUAGAUCCAGCCAGAGAGAGAAAUAACUGUAAGCAAAUGGACUUCAUUUGGGGAACACCCUUAUGGCAGUAAGAACAUGGUCUCCUUCCUUCUCCAGUCAUCUAUAUGUGAUGUGAAGAAAGAAAGAAGCUAGGCCUAGUAAGAAAGAAUUGUCCUCCAGAAAGGCCUUCAUCUUCAGAAGUCUUGUUCUGUGUCCUUCCACCGGGAUGCCAAACGGAGCCUUCUUGAUUAAAGUUCUACAUUUGUAGAAUUCCCUUCCAGUUUAUUUUAAGUGCUUCUAGUUUGCUUUUCUUGCCGUUUUAAUGAUUGUGCAAACCUUAGAAUGCUUUAAAGGAUUUUAUCUGUUGUUUUGUUACUGUUGCUCGGCCGUGCUAUGCUAUUCUUGCAAUGUCCACUGUCCUGAAAUCCAAAUUGGCGUAGAAAUAUUUUAUGCAAAUUAUUUUUUAAAAAAUAUAUAUUAUAGACCACCAUGGGACCUUUUUAAACGCCAAGAGGCAGUAUAUAAAUAACUGGCUAUUUUCUUCCAUUCUAGGCCAGAAUUCUGUGUGACAGAAAUGUCACUGUUCACAGCUCCCUCCAACCUAUUUGUGUUUGAGGGGAAUGAAUAUAUAUAUAUAUAUAUAUAUAUUCAUUCCCCUCAAACACAAAUAGGUUGGAGGGAGCUGUGAACAGUGACAUAUAUAUAUAGUUGAAAGUAAUUCAGUUUAUACGUUAUUUUUCAAAUGACUGAGUCCACCUGAAUGGUUUUCCCUGUUGGCCCUGCUUGCCCUUGACCCAGAUGGCUACUUCCAUUGCUGUCACGAUAGCUCUAGCAAAAGGAUGUUGUGUUGGCCUAGAGUGUGAUAGAUUAGUUAUGUAAACUGAUAUGUCUUUACUACACCUGCCCUGGUACCUUCAACUGCUGUUGUAUUUGAAUGAUCUAGGAGAUUUUAGAGUCAGGUGCAGCAUAGUUUGACUGUUCAUUGCCACUGUGGGCAAUAUCAUACCCUCCAACUUUUCUCUGGUGAAAAUAGGGACGUCCUAUUCAAUCAUCAUCAUGAUGAUGUUGUUGUUGUUACCCCACCCAUCUGACUGUGUUGCUUCAACUACUCUGGACGGCAUCUUUCAUAUAUAAAAACGUAAUAGAACAUCAAACAUUAAAAUACUUCCCUAUACAGGGCUGCCUUCAGAUGUCCUCUAAAGGUUGUGUAGUUACUUAUCUCCUUAGCUCAGGGAUUGGAUAACUCCAAACCCUCCAUCGUUUCUCUGAUGAAGAUAGGCGCUGUGGGUUAGACCACAGAGCCUAGGGCUUGCAGAUCAGAAGGUUGGCGGUUCGAAUCCCUGCGAUGGGGUGAGCUCCCGUUGCUCAAACUCUGCUCCUACCAACCUAGCAGUUCGAAGUGCAAGUAGAUAAAUAGGUACUGCUCCAGCAGGAAGGUAAAUGGCGUUUCCGUGCGCUGCUCUGGUUCACCAGAAGCAACUUAGUCAUGCUGGCCACAUGAUCUGGAAGCUGUAUGCCGGCUCCCUUGGCCAGUAAAGUGAGAUGAGCACCACAACCCCAGAGUCGUCCACAACUGGACCUAAUGGUCAGUGGUCCCUUUACCUUUACGUUUAAGGAAAAGUGGGGCAUUCUGGGAUCAAAGCAGAAACCAGGAUGGCUUCUGUAAAUCCGGGAUUGUCCCUGGAUAAUAUUGGAGGGUCUGCAAUAUUCCAGAGGUUUCAUGCUGGUUGAUAGGACUCUUACAAGUUCCACCAUGCAAAAGUCAGAGGUUUCUAUAUAAGCAUCUCUCUCCAUCCAGGAAAGGAGAGGGAGUCUGGCCAUUCAAGGACAGCCAGGCAAAAAAAAAAGGGGGGGGGGCGGAAAUCCCACAGAGAGAUGUGAAUUGUGAGCUUGACAGUGAGGCCUGGACGGCUGCAUUUUCUCCUUAGGCCCGAGGUUCCCAACCCAGAUAGUCUGCCCGCAUCUUUAUGGCCGCUGUUUUCUUUGCAUGCUAGAAAACCUGUUGCUCUUGACACAUUUAAUCUGAUGUCCUGUCUAGUUUCUCUAACCUAUGGCCUGGAACUUGUGGCGUCCUGCUACUUAGCACAGUUUGUGUGAGAAAAUAACCGCGUUGUUUCUCGUCCUGCGAAAACAGAAAUAAAAACAUCCUUUCUUCAUCCACGACUGUAAUGCAGUUAGACUUGAAACCUAUCGAGAGAAGAGUCCUCAUUGACACUGCCAAACCAUUGCGUUUCUGUGUAGUGGUCGGAAUCUUUCGCACCAGAUUUGUUUUUGUUUCUUAACUGAUCCAUGUCAACUCCGAGUCUCAUGACUGAAUUCUUGUCUUGCGGCACCCUGAUGACUAACAAAUGUAUUAUUGUGGCAUGUGCUAGGGCAAAUGCUCUCAGCCUGGCACGCAUGUGUGCGUGCGUGCAAACACACACACACACACACACACACACACACACACACACAGAUAUUUUGGACUACAAAGCCCCUCAUUCCUGACCAUUUGGCAUGCUGCCUGAGGUUGUUGGGAGUUGUAAUCCAACACAGCUGGAGGGCAACAAGAUGAGGAAAGCUGAGCUGCUGUAACUGAAUACAGUGGUACCUUGGUUCUCAAACGCCUUGGUAUUCAAAUACAGUGGUACCUUGGGUUAAGUACUUAAUUCGUUCCGGAGGUCCAUACUUAACCUGAAACUGUUCUUAACCUGAAGCACCACUUUAGCUAAUGGGGCCUCCUGCUGCCGCCGCAUCACCGGAGCACGAUUUCUGUUCUUAUCCUGAAGCAAAGUUCUUAACCUGAAGCACUAUUUCUGGGUUAGCGGAGUCUGUAACCUGAAGCGUAUGUAACCUCAAGCGUAUGUAACCCGAGGUACCACUGUAACUUGGAACCCAAACACUGCAAACCCGGAAGUAAGUUCCGGUUUGUGAACUGUUUUCGGAAGCCAAACGUGCUCCAUUUUGAGUGUCAUGCUUCCGAUUUGAGUGCCACACUUCCGUUUUGAGUGUUACGCUGAGGUCUGUCGGUUUUUGCUGUUUAUUUUGCAUUUUUGUUUUUACGGCUCUUUUGUUUUGUUUUUGUGGCUGUGUGGAACCCAGUUCAGCUACUGAUUGAUUGUGUGACUGCAGUACAUUGUUUAUUGCUUUCAUUUUAUGGAUCAAUGGUCUCGUUAGAUAGUAAAAUUCAUGUUAAAUUGCUGUUUUAGAGGUUGUUUUUAAAAGUCUGGAACGGAUUAAUCCAUUUUGCAAUCCUUUCUUUUUUAAAAAUAAAUUUUAUUUUAAAAAGUUUUAACAUACAUUAUUAUUUGCAUUACUCCACAAACAAUCUCAAUACCUUUACAGGGUUCUUCAAACCCCUGGACUUCCACCCACCCCUCUCCCCAGUUUCCAAUAGUUACCUCUUCUGCUACUACAGCAGCAAGAAUGUUACUUGCCCCAAAAUGGAAAGAAGCAGAAGUCCCAGUAAAGGAAGAAUGGAUACAAAAACUUAUGGAAUUUGCAGAAAUAGCGAAACUUACAGGAAGAAUAAGAAAUCAAGACAACAAUUUUUUAAAUAAAAGAAUGGAAAUGGUUUAUUGAAUACUUACAGAUAAAUUGCAAACAGAUAAAAAUGUUGUCAGGAUUAUUGUAAUAACCUGCAGUUUUAUAAGAGUAUAUAUUUAAAGAAGAUGAAUAAAUGAGCAAAUUAAGUUAAUUUGUAUAUGCAGAAGAUAUUAAAAACAAAUUUAAGGAACCACAGAAAGAGGAGGAAGGAAGUCAAAUUUUGAAAUAUCAAAAUGAUUGUAAAAUUAGUAAAAUGUAUAAAAUUAGUGAAAUGUAUAAACUUGAAAAGUAUAAAUAAAUAAAUACAUAAAUAAAAAGAAUUAGUCUAUGUUCCAUAGGAUUGUAAUGUGAUUAAAAAUAAAUAAAUCCCUAAUUUGUUAGUUUCUAACCACAGAUAAAACUGUCCCUUUGGAAUUUAGUUUUUAGAAGUUACUUUUUAAAGUUAAAUGUAAAUAUAAAAGUGCUCGAGUAUACAGAAUUUCAUUACAGUGGUACCUUGGGUUAAGUACUUAAUUCGUUACGGAGGUCCGUUCUUAACCUGACACUGUUCUUAACCUGAGGUACCAUUUUAGCUAAUGGGGCCUCCCGCUGCUGCCGCGCCACCGAGGCACGAUUUCUGUUCUCAUCCUGAAGCAAAGUUCUUCACCUGAGGUACUAUUUCUGGGUUAGCAGAGUCUUUAACCUGAAGCAUAUGUAACCCGAGGUACCACUGUACUUUAUUUUAUUUUUAAUUAAUGUGUGAACUUUCACUUUGGUUCUUAUACUGUGCGACCAGAUGUAUAUACUGAUAGACAUCUUGCUAUGACGAUGAUAAAUUGGAGUGAUGUCAAGUAAAAUACAGUCCAGACUUGGCAGAUUAGAUCUUCAUUCUGAUCAGUAGAACUUUCCGGUGAGCAACUGGUACAAUCAUGUCUUCUGAGUUCAUACUUCAAUAUGUCUGCUCAGUUUCUAGGCGCAUACUGUCUGUGAGAUAAGCAUUUGCUGAUUCAUGCUAUUUUUAUAUCUAUUUUUAUCCUCAGAUGCUAAGAACAGAAGACCUGUGAUCCCUGUAUCUGCGCAUAUAUUUGAAAACAGAUAUGGUUUCUGUCAUCCUCCUGCUCAAUCUUGUCUCUCAUUUAUGGGCUCGUUCUAAGGUCAGUUUUUACAGUGUUUAAAUUCUGUUAAAUGUUUUGGAAGAAAGGCAAGGCAAGACUCACAAAUGCAAGGUAAUGUUUUCCUCCAGAGAAAACAGAUGCCCUCUUCUGAAAUAAACUUUUCAAAAUGUUGUGCAGAGCGACAGAAGGCAGCAGUGUUAGUUUUUUUAAAAAGGAUUGUAUAAAUGAAGGAGUUCGUGAGGCCUUGUCUUGCACGCAUAGCAGAAUGACAGAGAGACCCUACUUUAUUCGGUGCAGGGAGAUUCCAUAGAGUCCUGUGCCCUAUUGUUUCAAUGCUGCUGGAGCCAGGACAAAAGAGGCAGAUAAGCAGAGUGUUGGGGAGAGGGAUAUGAUACAGGCAGCGUGGAUAAAAAUCACUAAAAUAAAUAAAUAAAAUAAAUAAAAAUCAGGUGUUUUUUUAAAAAAAUUACAUCAGAUUUUUAAAUAUUUAAAUCAGAUUUUUAAAAUGCACUUUGAAACAGACCAAAAAAAGAGAGAGUGAGUUGCUUUAAUGCAGAGUGGAUAAAAAUCAGUGAUUUAUUAUUUAUUUUUUAAAGAUUUUUUGAAAUUUAAAUUGGAAUUUUAAAAUAAAAUCCUUUUGGAGGAAAAAUAUUUCUAAAGAUUUAAGUUACAUUAUAGUCCAAAGGCUAUUCAUCAUGAAAUAAGGAUUUGUUAUAAGUUUUUCAUGAAAUUGUUUAACCACAUCAGUUAACCAACAUGGAUACGUAUGCUAUAAUGUUAUUGUUUUAGUUAAAUAAAUUGUUUAAAUUGUUGUUAAGGAAAUGAUUGUUUUUCUCCUUCCAGUAAAGUACAGCAGAAACGUCCAACUAUAAACAGUUAACUUCUUAAACCUCACAAUAUUUUCCUAAUUAUCGGUCUAUGUAUUUCUAAUAGUAUAACCAAAACAGUAAUUUUUUGAUUUAACUGUAAAAACUACUCUGAAAAUUUAUUAUUCCAAAAAUGAAACCUUCAUCUGGUUGUAAAUAUUAAGAUGAUACCAGCAAGAAUGAGUCUUUCUGUUAAAAAAAUGAUUUAAAUCAAGUCUUACUGACUAGUGAUUUAAAUCGUUAUUUAAAUCGAUUUGAUUUAAAUCAAACCCACCCUGUAUGUUGUUGUUGUUGUUGUUUAGUCAUUUAGUCGUGCCCACCUCUUCGUGACCCCAUGGACCAGAGCACACCAGGCACUCCUGUCUUCCACUGCCUCCUGCAGUUUGGUCAAACUCAUGCUGGUAGCUUCGAGAACACUGUCCACCCAUCUCGCCCUCUGUCGUCCCCUUCUCUUUGUGCCCUCAAUCUUUCCCAACAUCAGUGUCUUUUCCAGGGAGUCUUCUCAUGAGGUGUCCAAAGUAUUGGAGCCUCAGCUUCAGGAUCUGUCCUUCCAGUGAGCACUUAGGGCUGAUUUCCUUAAGAAUGGAUAGGUUGGAUCUUCUUGCAGUCCAUGGGAUUCUCAAGAGUCUUCUCCAACACCAUAAUUCAAAAGCUUCAAUUCUUCGGCGAUCAGCCUUCUUUAUGGUCUAGCUCUCACUUCCAUACAUCACUACUGGGAAAACCAUAGCUUUAACUAUACGAACCUUUGUUGGCAAGGUGAUGUCUCUGCUUUUUAAGAUGCUGUCUAGGUUUGUCAUUGCUUUUCUCCCAAGAAGCAGGCAUCUUUUAAUUUCGUGACUGCUGUCACCAUCUGCAGUGAUCAUGGAGCCCAAGAAAGUAAAAUCUCUCACUGCCUCCAUUUCUUCCCCUUCUAUUUGCCAGGAGGUGAUGGGACCAGUGGCCAUGAUCUUCAUUUUUUUGUUGUUGAGCUUCAGACCAUAUUUUGCGCUCUCCUCUUUCACCCUCAUUAAACGGUUCUUUAAUUCCUCCUCACUUGUACAGAUAAUUUAGUUCUCCCAAAUAGACCCCGGGCUCUGCAUAUUCCUCCUUUUCCUCAAAUGUUCUCUACCAAGUUAGUUUUUUUUUAAAAAACCUAGUCAAAGUCUCAUUUCCCAUCAUCAUUUUACUUUCCUAUAACAGUAGUGAUAAGAAUAUGGACAGCCUUUGAGCAAUUGGAAGAACAGAGUUACCAAAAAACCCCUAAGGGCUGUGUCCCGUGUCACUGGAAAGAUUUCGUGAAGCAUUUAUAUAGCCACAUCCACAACUUAACAUCUAAACACUUUCACAAAAGGCUUAGGUAGAGAAUCUGAUAAAAGUUGCUCUUUUCUUAAAAAUAAAGUGUGCAUAUCUUUCUGUAACAAAUAUUUAAGACAUGGGCUUGUGGCUUUAGAAUGUAACUUCAGAACUAUUAUUGUUUAUCAGAUUUGUUGCACUCUGUUCAUUUUUUUAUUGAUAUCAUUUAUUAUACUUUAUCCUAUCUUCCAUUCAGGGAGCUUUUGAAGUAAGUUGGCCUGCGAGAGAGGAAAAACUAAAGUCAGCUUUGUAGCCAAGUGGGGAUUUGAACAUGAGUGACCCCGGUCCUAACCUGAUAUGCUAAAACACUGGUUUUCUAAGCUUUUCUCCUAUCAUUUGUUAUGAGAUCUGGAAGACACUCAAAGCUGGUCUUGCUGUUAGGUAGAGUGAUGUGCAAUGAAAAGACUAACAAAUUGUUAUUUAAUGUAUUUUUAGUCUGAGCGGUGAGGCGCUUAUGGGAUUUUCUGCUUUAAGUGCCAAAAUAAUUUGGCCAGCCUUGGGUGUUGGGUCUUCGGUGUGUGUCUAGGAUUUGCUGGUGAAGGCACACGUGAGUGAAAAACUUACAAAUAAAAAGAAAAUAGAUGCCAAAUGUCCACCACACCAAAUGCAACAGCCUCAAUGUCAGUUUGAUGGCCUCAAGGGCAUUUGCCUGAGCAGGUGGUUGAUAAACUGUUGAAUAACACCUGUCUGUGUUCACAUUAAAAAAAACACACUUAAUUAAGAAGAUAUUUUGUACUAUUUUUAAAAGUAUUUAGUCACCCAUCUCUCUGUAAUAUAGCAAGCAACACAGAAUGCUGUUGUGAGGUAAGGAGCAGUUACCAUUUGGGUCAGUUUUAAUGUGAAAAAAUGUAAAUCUAUGCUGACACCGAGUUAAGCCCAACAUUUACCCAAAUUGCUGGUUCCUAUGCAUGGAGAUGUACAUAAUUUUCUGAAGGAGAUUUUAAAAAUUAAGUAAGUAAGGGUGAGCUCACAUGGACAUGUUCAUCACAGGAUGACUGUAAGAUCAAGCAACGACUUUAGGCUGGUUGACACAAUUUUACAUUUCAUGAAUGCAUAGAUGAGGAAGCAGGAUCCUGUGUGUGUCUGUCUAUCUGUCUAUCUAUCUAUCUAUCUAUCUAUCUAUCUAUCUAUCUAUCUCUGAACUGGCAUGGGAAAAAGCUGGAUCUUUCCAUCACACAGAAAGAGCCUUAGGUGCGUAGAAGUCUUAUGCAUAAGGUUCUGUUAGCAGUUCUACUGAACGUGCAGAGGUUGGUUCUCCUUGUGUGAAUUGAAUGUUUGUAGAACAAAGAUGGCGGACAGCGUUUGUCUCUCCCUUGAGGUCACGCUGAGCACAUUGACCACAUUUGGACAACCCUAACAUUGCUUAAUUGUUGUUGUUUGCACCGGUCUGUCUCGAGAGACAAUGGAGUGCUCUUCUGGGGGUGAAGUCAGACCACUGUGUUCGCUGCACCAAAGCAGCCUCCCUUGGGUGCAUGCCUGGGCAGUCUGUAUGGAAGUCUGGGGAGGUGUAUGGAGGCAAUGUGUAUGGCAGGGGUAGGCAACCUAAGGCCCGUGGGCCACAAGCGGCUCACGGGGGUUGUUUAACCGGCCCCCGAGUCGCCCGCUCGGCGAGUCCCUGUGUGCUGCCAUACGCACCAUGGGGACUUGCUUCUGCAGCGCCAAAUAUCACAUCUGCGCAGAUGCAGGAAAUCGCGUCUGCUCAGACACAGAUGCCGGAAAUCACCAGCGUGUGCAAUCCAGCCCACGGAGGACUCUCCGCUGGAGUGAACCGGCCCAGGCAAGGUAAACCUUGCUGACCCCUGGUGUAUGGGCUGCCCAGAUGACAAGACCCACACACACACCCCGGCUCUGCGUCACUGUUAUUGUCCAAAAGCAAGCAGAGCAAUACUGCAGGAGUUGCCAGAAGGAAGCAUAAGGCUAAACCAAGUGAGGGUAGCUGAUGGGUCUCAAACCCUUGGUGAGCUAGGGAUGAUGGGAGUUGUAGUCCAAAAACAGCUAGAGACUGAAUCUAGUCCAACCCCCUGCAAUGCAGGAAUAUGGAGUUGUCCCAUACAGGAAUCGAACCUGCAGCUUUGGUGUUAUCAGCACCACACUCUAAGUGAUAAAUCUAAAAGAGCUUCUCUUACUGAGUUGAAAAUAUUGAAACAACCAAGAGAAAGGGAAUAUAGAGUGAAGGAGAAAUGUCUCAGAUCCCCGGAACUGUAUUCUUAGAGUCUGACUCAGCUUCCCUCUCCUCCAUCCUACUCUAGAGAAAGUUGGCUUUUUUGUAUAAUUGCUUCUGUAUCUGUCGAUGCUGUUAAAGACAGCAGAAUGUAUGCCAUGUGCUGGCAGAAAGGUCUGAGCACAUGUUUCUGUGGGUGGAAUUGCCAUAUCAGGCUUUCUGGCAAUCGUGGUUAAUUUUUAAUCCAUACUUAUGUCCUUUUUAUGGUCUCCCUUUUGGAAGUUGUUAAUACAUAGCAGCUGACUGAAUUUCCCUGCUUUUGAUUAACCAAGAGCUUAAUUAUCCGGUAGGUUUUGCUGUUUCUCAGAUUGGUGGGUGAACCUUCCUCUCUUCCAGAUCAAUUCUUGGUCAAUUUGUUCAAGAAAAUGAAGGCCAUGUUAUGUGAUUGUUUCCCUCCUGUAUAACUUUAUCAAUAUUUUGUGUGUUUGUGUCUGAAAAGGGUAGACACGAAUUGGCUCACUUAACAAAAAAAUAACUAUGACCUAAUCCCAUUGACUGUAACGUCAUUGUGGCUCUCUCUUGCAUUCAGUAUAACAUUUGCAAAGUUCUUGCGUUGUCUAAAGGUCAUUCUGCAAUUGUGAAUCAGUUUAAUUUAUCUGUUACUUGUAUGAAUAUCUCAGCAGAUUUUAAAGAUUCAUUACACAAGUUAUACUCCCAGGUUUAUUCUGGAUAUUAUACUUCAGUCAUAAUUUUUGGUAUAUAGGAGUGUUACCUUGCUAAUUAAAAAUCACAAAUGAACAUUUACAGCACAAUCCUAUACAUUUUAGCCAGGAAUAAGUCCCACUGAAUUUACUAAGCAAUGGGGCUUACUCCCAGAUAAAUAUUCAUAGGGUUGCAGCCUUCCCUCCCUCUCUUUAACUAUUUUGUUAAGUAUUCUUGAACUGGUAUUUAGUGUAUAGAUAGAUAUAAUGAACAUUCAAGAGCAAGUUUGCUUAGAGCACAAAGAACAAAGCAAAAAUUGUCCUCUUAAAGUAGGGGGAAAUCCAGUAUUGAUAUCUUCAGCUCUGUACUAAAAAGUAUUAUCUGAUAUGCUCUUAUUUAGCAUCCUUUGGGAAACAAAUGGUACCAAUUUUCUCUCUGGUCAAUUCUACCUUAGUUUAUGUCAGGCAUCCCCAACCUGCGGCCCUCCAGAUGUUUUGGCCUACAACUCCCAUGAUCCCUAGCUAACAGCACCAGUGGUCAGGGAUGAUGGGAAUUGUAGUCCAAAACAUCUAGAGAGCCAAAGGUUGGGGAUGCCUGGUUUAUGUUGUCCUUUGGCGUGUUUUCUGCUUUCUGUCCUUUUAUGAACAUGUUGGUAUAAGACUAUGAAAGAACUGAGAGAGAGAGAGAAGAAGAAGAAACUCGUGCCAUUUAAAUGUAUAUGGUGGCAAACAAUUCCUCUUCUCGUAGUCCUGUUUUUGGAGUACCUCUGACAUGGACAGGAUUGUAUCUAGAGUCCCAAUUCUCCACCUUAUGCUGUCAUUGGUUCAAACACAUAUUUCACUUGAGUUGCUACAUCUGUAACCUGAAAUAGUGUGGCAGGAAAUCCAGAAAAAACUUGAUAGCCUUACUCAAUUAUAUCAUCACCUGAAUGAGUCUUUGGGCAGAAUGGUGGCAGGUCAGAUGGGAAUUGUUCUUUAGAUUUCAUGUUUUGACCUCUACCUUAAAUGCAUAACUUUCUGCAAUUUUUACCCACAAUUCUAUUCUGGCUUGAACUAGUUAUUUGUUUGAACAGAAUACAGUGGUAUCUCAGGUUAAGUACUUAAUUCGUUCCAGAGGUCCGUACUUAACUUGAAGCACCACUUUAGCUAAUGGGGCCUCCUGCUGCUGCUGCGCCACCGGAGCACGAUUUCUGUUCUCAUCCUGAAGCAAAGCUCUUAACCUGAAGCACUAUUUCUGGGUUAGCGGAGUCUGUAACCUGAAGCGUAUGUAACCUGAGGUACCACUGUACCUGCAAUCUUAAGCUAUGGGCCUGUACUUUCAAAGAGCACUUUGGCCAAUAGAUGAAAACAGCCUCCCUUCUCUUCUGUCUUUUCAUUUCCAAAUGAAAUUACUGUAUAAUAAAAGUGAUUGAUAGUUAAUGUCAGGCUUAGAGUGUUAGAGGCUGAGAUGCUUUUCCUCACGACUCAUAGCCAUUUCCAUCCUGCUUUUAUUUCCUCUCGCCAGAUGCUGGCAAUUUCUGCCAAAUGUUAUCUGAUCUGGCUUUUUUACAUUUCUGUUUUGAAAUGUAUAUUAUGAUAAUGUAGCAAAUGAGCACAGAUAAGAACUUCUGCUCCUUUCGUCACAUGUUAGCAAGAGCGCUCAUUUCCCCUCAGCGAGCUUAAGAGUGUGGAUCUGAAUUAAUCUCAGUGAUAUCUUUGUGCAUGUCUCUGCUCAGGUUUUCUUGAGUCAACAACAAAUUGAGCUAACCAGAGUUCACAGAAAAUGGAAAGGUCAGUUGAUUAGUGUGGUGUUUUAAGUGUGAGUGUGGAUGGUAACUCAUUCUGAUUCAUGCUGACUUUUUCCAGCAUAGGCUAAAUGCAUUUAUUUAUUUAUUUUGGGGGGAUCCUUGUUGAGCUAAUUGGUGUACAAUAACUAAUUAUUAAGAGAUGUUUCUGAAAAGUAUUUGCCUUUUCUGUUUCGCAUGGCAGUGAUGCUGAGAUCUGUUGCUCUUCACUCUACUUAGGGAAAUGUUGUGCUACCCGUUCAACGCAGGCACAUUUUCAUGCUCAAUUCUGUUCAAAAGGGUAAGGUAGAUUUGGAUAAAUAACUGGGAAUUCAUUCACUAGGGCCACGUGUAUUGUGUAGUUUUUAAUAGAAAUAGAUGACAUCACCACUGCUGUGAUACGCAGAUAUUUCCUGUACUGUGUGUAGGUUGCUACUGAACCUAGAGUCAAAGGAACAUAAUGCCCAUCAUCACAUCAUGGUAAUCCCUAAUUUAGUGUGAUGUGAAUGAGUCAUAGUUUGCUUUGUGUUCAAGCACUCCCCUCUCUGGUGCAGGUGUGAUGAGCAGAAUAGAAGCUUUCACCUGUGAGUUCAGUUUACCAGAAAUUACUGUCUUGUCUGAGCCCUUAACUGCUUAAUGUUAACUAUUGUUAACUAUGGUUUGUUUAAACAAGUCAGCUUCAUAGCCUAUAAUCGGGACAUGGGUGGCGCUGUGGUCUAAACCACUGAGGCUCUUGGGCUUGCCAAUCAGAAGGUCGGCGGUUCGAAUCCCCAUGACGGGGUGAGCUCCCGUUGCUCGGUCCCUGCUCCUGCCAACCUAGCAGUUCGAAAGCACGCCAGCGCAAGUAGAUAAAUAGGUACCACGGCGGCGCAAAGAUGAAUAGCAUUUCCAUGCGCUCUGGUUUCCGUCAUGGUGUCCCGUUGCGCCAGAAGUGGUUUAGUCAUGGUGGCCACAUGACUCGGAAAGCUGUCUGUGGACAAACGCCGGCUCCCUCAGCCUGAAAGCGAGAUGAGCACAGCAACCCCAUAUCCGCCUUUGACCUUUACUUUUUACCUUUUACCAUAGCCUAUAGUAUGAAGUUGGCUGGUUUCAAACAAGCCGUAGUUAACAUAGACCAUGCUAUGUCAGGUUCUGUAACGCAACAAGCGGUUAAGCAUAGUGGAAGCAAAACACUUCCAAAAUCAUCAUGGCGGUGCCAGAGGAGGCGAGAUGGAGGGUGUGUGUGUGUGAACCUAAGGUUUGUUCUUGUGAUACUAAACUCUGGUUUUGUGUGAUGUCCAAACCAGACUAAUAUGAAAACAGACUUCAUAGCAAAUUCUCAAGGUGUGGUAUGAACCUUCCGUACCUUUCAAAUGAUGCUACAGAUGUGAACCAAAUGCAAGCUUAACUGUUAACCCCUAUGGUUUAAAAAACAAACAGCAGAAAUAUUUCUAUUGUUAUCAAUGCAGUCAUUGUUUUGAUAAUUAAACAAAUAUUUUGAUUUUUUUAAAAUAAUAAAAAACUCUACACUUUUCCAGGGUCAAGUCAUACAGGCUAAGCAGUUAACAUUAUGCAUAACCAGCAUUGGCUUGAAACGUGAAUAAAAUAAAAUUUAAGGAAAGAUUUAAAAACAACAACAACAUGGGCAUUCUGUCAUUCUUCUUUAUCAGUCUAAUUUGGUUCCAUUUUGGUUGGCAAAAUGUAGACUGUUAAAUUCUCUGAAGCUGAGAUUUGGAAACUAUAGCCGAUUUCAAACCGUCUUACCAGGUCCCCCCCCCCCCCCCAGUUUGGUGCAGUUUUGACACUUUGCUUGUUUCUCUGAAAGAAGAGCUUUGGGGUGUUCGAAAAGGAAGUACCAGUCGUUUUUUGUUUUUGUUUUGCCAAAAGAAAAAACUUAGGAAAGUCUUUUGUCCUUCGGGAUGUUUGUGUAUCCUUUCCUUGUUGCGUAGAUACAAGAGCGCGUGUGUAACACCCUUCAAUGCUAAUGAAAUCAACAUGGAUAAAUAAUGACUACACUUUCUUUAAGGGAGAGAACAGUGCUUUAAAACACAUGUCUGCGCACGUUAUCCGCAUCAGUUAUGUAUGUCUGCUUAUAUACCGAAAAUUGCCCCCCAAAAGAGAGGCAUUAAUUAGCCCACACAGAAAGCAUAUGAGGCAAGGCUACUCUCCCCCUUUUUAUUAAAUAUCUUUGUGGUGGAUCCAGAGAGCCCUUUCUUGGCUGUGAGCUUGCUUAUGUGAAAUUGAAGUUCUUUAAUUGGCUGCAGCAAACGAAGGGCUUUUAGAAUAACAACAACACCCCCCCCCCGGUAAAAGAUGCUUUGGAUUCUUUCAAGAACGUGGCGUUCUGGACAACUUACCAAAAUUGUUUAAGCUAGGAAAUCCUUCAAGCCUGCACUUAUUGCAUUUAGGAUUGCCAAUAGACCAUUUAACAAACAAACAAAAAGAGCCCUGUGCCCUUUUAUUUACUUUUUCUGGCUUGUUUCUUUGUAAAGUGAGGGAGUCGAGCUACCUUUUCCCCUUUCGCUUUAAAUAUAAAUUUCUUGUAUUUUGCCGUGCACAGUGACGCUUUUGCAACAAGAGGCUGUUUUGGGACAGGGCGCACAGAGUGGCUGAGUUAAGAUGCAGUGCUGAAACCAUAGUUUGUUGUAAUAAGGACAGGCAGGUGAGUGCCUUCAGUUUGUAUGCUCACCUCCAUCCCUGGUAUGUGGGGAAGGAGUUUUAGGUUUCCUUUCGCCAUUUUGACCAAACCUCCUUACAUCCAAUUAUGAGAAACCGUAGUUUGUUCCAAUUAUAGGUAGUUUAUUCAAAGUAGGAUUAGGCUGAAGUUUAUUAUUAUCUUGGUGUGCAAAUGACCUGUGCUUUCAGCAUCAAGAGAAAUAUAGUGUCCCAACUGAGGGAAGUAAGAGUCCCAAUCUAUUCUGCCUUAGUGAGACCACACCUGGAAUACUAUGUCCAGAUCCAGGCACCAAAAUUUAAGAAGAAUAUUGACAAGCUGGAACAUGUGCUGAGGAGGGCAACCAAGAUGAUCAACGGUCUGGAAACCAAGCCUUAUGAGGAACAGUUGAGGGAGUUGGGUAUGUUUAGCCUGGAGAAGAGGAGACAUGAUAGUCACCUUCAGAGAUCUAAAGGACUGUCAGUCACAUGGAAGAAGGAGCAAUCUUGUUUUCUUCUGCUCCAGAGGCUAGGACCCGAACCAGUGGCUUCAAGUUACCAGAAAGGAGAGUUCAACUUAACCUCAGGAAUAACUUUAUGGCAGUAAGAGCUGUUGGAAAGUGGAACAGAUUUCCAGGAGAGGUUGUCCUUGGAGGUUUAUAAGCAGAGGUUGUAAGGCCACCUGUCAUGUUGAGAUUCUGGCAUUGCAGAGGGUUGUACUAGAUAAUAAUUGUAUUUACGGGACCGCCUCUCCUGGUAUGCCCCGCAGAGGACCUUAAGGUCCAUGAAUAAUCAUAGUUUAGAGAUCCUGGGCCCUAAGGAAGUCAGAUUAUCCUCGGCCAGGGCCUUCGCAGUGAUGGCUCUGACCUGGUGGAAUGCUCUGUCCCAUGAGACCAGGGCCCUGCAGGAUUUAACUUCCUUUCGCAGGGCCUGUAAGACGGAGCUAUUCUGCCUGGCUUUCAAUUCGAACUUAGCCUGAUCUUUUAUUCCCCUUCCUUCCUUCCCUCCCCUCCCCGUUUUUUGAAGAUUACCUGCUCUGGGAUCCCACAGCUAAUUCUCCCCUGGUCUCCUCACUGGCCCAAAUAGGACUAAUUUAGCCAGCUAGCCCUGGUGAUCAUCUAAUGUUUAUUGGAUGGAUUUCCCCUCUAAAUUGAUCUUUGAAUUCUGAAUUUAUUGUUAUUCACGUUUUAUACUGUAUUUUAUGCUGUUUUUUGUUGCACCAAUUAAGUGUUUUAAAUUUUUGUUAGCUGUCCUGAGCCCAGUUUUUUGAACCAGGAAGGGCGAGGUAUAAAUAAAAAUUUAUUAUUAUUAUUAUUAUUAUUAUUAUUAUUAUUAUUAUUAUUAUUAUUAUUAGAUGGCCCUUGGGAUCCCUUCCAACUCAUCAAGUCUGUGAUUUGUUCAAAAGGAUGAAGUCUCCUUUGUUUAAGCCAUCUUCACCUCAUAAGUGGGGGAGCCCAUGUUUUUGCUUGAAGGAUCCUCAUUACAUCUGAACCAGAGAUUAUCAUGGUGCUAACUCUUUGACAUAGCUUUUACACUUGUUCCCCGCCUACACUCAAGGGAGGAUGACAGUCCCAUCUGUGUUGUGGAAGAAGUGACUGAAGAUGGCAAGUGGUGAGGGCAGGAAUAUUUUUGUUGGUUGUUUAACUCUGCAAAGGGACAUCUCUGAGUAUAAUAUAGUCAAAUGAAAGGGAAUCUUCCUUUUAUUUAGAUAUUCAAGUGUGUGUGUGUGUUCUAUGGUUCAUUAACACCCACAGCCAGAUCAGAUUACAUUAAAAUUCAGCAUGCAUCACAAAGAAGUAAGGGGGAAAAACCUUAGCAAACCACAGUUCCCAGGAUGAGUUUUAAACAGGGUGGAUUUGAUUUAAAUCACGAUUUAAAUCACUAGUUAGUAAGACUUGAUUUAAAUCUUUCUUUCUUUCUAUUUACAGAAAGACAUUCCUGCUUAAUAUUUACAACCAGAUGAAAGUUUCAUUUUUUGAUUAAUAAAUUUUCAGAGUAGUUUUUACGGUUAUAUCAAAAAUUGUGGAUUUGGUUAUACGUUUAGAAAUACAUAGGCAGAUAAUUAUGAAAAUAUUGUGAGGUUUAAUAAGUUCACUGUUCAUAUUUGGACACCUUUUCUGCUGUACUUUAUUGGAAGGAGAAAAACAAUCAUUUCCUUAAUAACAAUUUAAACAAUUUAUUUAAGUAAAAGAAUAGCAUUAUAGCUUAUGUAUCCUUGUUUGUUAACUGAUGUGGUUAAACUUUUUUUUUUUUAACUUAGACACAGUUUUAGCACACGUGAAAAACUUAAAACAAAUCCUUAUUUCCUUUUUUUUAAUGUAAUAUUUAUUGAGAAUUUUAAGAUUACAAAGAAACAAAGAAAAAAAGAAGAAGGAAAAAACAAGUAACAUUUAAUCAAUACGAAUCAAUUAAAAAAAAGGUCAAAAAAAGAAAAAAAGAAAACACAUAAUACAUCAAAAGCAAAAAGCAAAAAUAGACAAAAAAUUUAAAAACAAAUCCAAUAUUCCCAAAUCAUUACCUGUCAUUACCUUGUUUCAUCGACCUCCUCACACCUCCCUUUUUUGUAUUCUAGUUGUUAAUUAUCUCAGCAAAUCCUUUCCAUCUUUCAUAAUAUUCUGUCAUUAAAUUACCUUAAUCUAUUUUAACCUUAUCUUACCAUAAAAGGCCCUAAAACUUAAAACUUAAAUCUUAUUUAUACCAAAUUCUCUUAACCAUGACAUAUUCUUACAUAAUUCUUUUUAACAUUUCUGCUAAAGCCAAAUAAUUUCAUUCCAACAUUUUUCUAAUACUCUUUACUUUUACAAGAUUUUCCUAAAUAAAUUGUUUAAAACUUUCUUCCAAUCUUCAUCCAACGUCUCUUUCUCCUGGUCUCGGGUUUUGUCAGUCCUUUCUAUCCCAUCCAUCUAGUCCAUCAACCUGGUAACCUUAUAUCCGAGGCCCUUGGAUCUCUUCCAUGUCCCAUCCGCAGAUCUUCUUCAUAUUUAUACCUGUGCUUUACUUUGUCUUCUGCUCCUUUCACUCGGGGAGACUCCAGCUUGACAAUGUUUUUGUCCCUUCUCGACAGAUCAGCCCCUUUUCCAAAGUCAACACUGAACUCCAUGUGGUAUUUAAAAGCAUGUUUCAAAGUCCCUCCAAAAUUAAGGGCCCGCACAACUCCGAACGCCUCCCGGCCCAAAGCCAGACUUGAAAGGUCAAAACAUCCCUGCAUAGGGGGGUCUAUCCAGCCCCCCAUCUCCAUGCCAAACAGAACUCUGUCUCUCCAAAUCUGGCUUUCUCCAGGUUCAUUCGUCAAGUCCAACAACUCAUGUUCCUGCUGGGCCACAGUUCCCUCCAUCUCUGCCUCACUAGGUCCAGCAACAACCUCCUCCCUCAUCUGAUCUGUCAAAGCACACUCCUGAGUUAAUUCCUGAGUGGGUUCUAAAUAAGUACCCACUGCCUGUCCAAACUUUCCGAUCCCAACAGUCAUCAAAUCCAUCUUCUCAUGUAACUGUUCCAAUAAAGCACUUGUCUUACAAAAGGCCAACACCAGAGCCUCCGAGUACAUUCUUGUUGAAGGUCAGAGUCUGUUCCCACGAUCUUAAUCUAUUGCAGCUGCAAAGCUCCCCAGUUCGAAUUUAAUAACAGUUUGACAAGCUCCCUCUAGGGGAAAAGGCUUCUAUUUGUAUCCAUCUCUCUCCUUUUUUUUUAAAGCAAAUCUAACAACAAAGUUUCCUUUUUCAGAUAUUUUGUCAAUAUUUUGUUCCUUUUAGAUGCGAAGGGGAACAAUGGAAUCAAUAUGUUUCUCUUCUUUUAACUAUCUGUCAAAAACGUUUGUCUAUAGUCAAUGAACUUCCCAAAGACGUCUGUCCUGACACCCCGCUCCCAGGUUCAGGACGGUGGAGAAUUGCUUUUCUUUACUUGUCUUCUGCAAGUUUAAUCAGUCCAGAAAAAAAAAAAGUUCCCCCCUCUUGUAAGGGGGGUUCAGUAAUUUUAAAUGAUGAAAAUUGAUCCUUUACAAACGAUUUUCUAAGCUCUAGCUUGCCGUGUCUUUGCUUCAAUCUAUUUACAAAAAGCGGAAGGCAGACUUCCUGUUUAGACCUUUCCGCUUCAGUGCCAAAUUAAAGGAAAUUUCUUAUUCCAAUUUUCCGUUCUACUCACGGACAGUUAUUUAAGCUCCAAUUGUCCACAGGAAAAAGUCGGCGCUCUCCGGCAACAGCAAUGCGGCUUCACUCCGUGAAAGAAGCAGUCGAUUCAAGGCACCGCGCCACUCACCCCACGUCGCUCCGGAACCCCGAAAUCGGGUUUCCCCGCGAGUAGGGGGGGCGCAAAGGUGCCGGCCAAAUCCCACGUCCACAGGCUUCUCCCGCCUGUGGUUUUUGAUGGAUCUCCGUCUCGCCGUGGCGGUUCAGGCCCUGUUUUCCACGGAGCGGAUUCCUCCCGAUCGGAGGAAAUCCGCCAUUGCCAGAGGCGCCAACCCGGAAGUCCUACAAAUCCUUAUUUCCUGAUGAAUAGUCUUUGAACUAUAAUGUAACCUAAAUAGAAAACUAUCUUUUGAAAGAUUAUUUUCCUCUAAAAGCAUUUUAUUUUAAAAAUCCAAUUUAAAUUUAAAAAAUUGAUUUAAUUUUUUUUAAAAAAUCUGAUUUAAAUUUUUUUAAAAAUCCAUUUAAAAAAAAAUCAUUGAUUUUUAUCCACCCUGGUCUUAAAUUGGAAUAAAAUUGCUACAAAUGUGUAUGUGGCUUUUGCUUCUAGCACGCUUUUACAUGUCAUGGAUUUUUAUUUUUAUUUUUUUAAUAACCCUGAGCUUCCUAUGCAUUCUGUUUUCAAGAAUAGUUACUGUCACGUUGGGAACUGUGACAAAAGUCUCUUUGUCAGGUGCUCUUCUGUUCCUUAACGUUCACUGUUCAGAAGCAUGAGAAAGCCCGUGAAAAUCAUGGGGUGAGCUUGGAAACCUUUGGGUUACCAUUUGAAGCCUUUCAUAAUGCUUUCAAGUGCUCCUUUGGUUGAACCUCAUUAUCUAGAUUUGUAUCAAGACUAGAGCCAAAACACCUAUCAAACGUGGCUUCCAUGUGGACAUGUAAGCCGGAUGACCCUCAUUCUUUAGCUUUUUAAUGAGAUCCAUUUAUGAGUAUCCAAGGCAGAAAUCAAAAACUGAAUAAUCUGACUGUGCUGAAUGAAGAAGAUUGUAUUGACUAAUCUUUUGUCAAAGAUCAGUUUCACCUUCUUUAUUAAAAAACCCCCCUGAGGUUUCUGAAUAUUCACAGCAAAAGCAUGUCUAUGUUUCUUAAACGUGGUGUAUUCUUGCUGAAAGCCUGCAAGCACAUUUAAAUAUAUAAUCAUUACUUUUUUCCUGUUCUCUCCACAGCAUGCAAGAGAUCCCGGUACUUCAGCUUUCUGAUCAAAGUAAGUGACGAUGAACAAAAGCCCUAAGUGGGAGGAAAUGUGCUGUCUGAAAUACUGUACACUCCGAUUGGGAGGGCAGGAGAUGCAAGAAGCAAAUGAAAAUAAUUAUCUUUGCAUCUUCUUAGCAUAGACCUUCUAAAGAAGAACUCCUCUCUGGGGGUGGCAGAACUAGACUAAGACGCAAAAGGGCCACCUGCCCCAAGGCCAGCCCUGCCAUUAGGCAAGGUGAAGUGGAUGCCACAGGCAGCGUGAAGCACUGGGAAAGUACUGUAGAACAAUGCAUCCUUAAAGUAGCCUGUUGGUCUUAGAUAUAGUGGAGGGUGCUGCCAAUUAAUUGACAGUCUGGUUGACUUUUAUGGUCAUGAAAUGAGAUGGGGGGCUGCCGCCGCCAUCUUGUCCUUUAUUUCUUUAUUUAUUUGCUAUUCACACCCCGUCCUUCCUACCAAAUGGGGAAGCCAGACCAGCUCACAAUCUGCAACAAUGCCAAAAGUGUCUCUGGAACAUUUGACACAUAUAAAAUCCACAGUUCCAAAUACAGUGGUACCUUGGUUCUCGAACCUAAUCUGUUCUGGGAGUCCAUUUGACUCUCGAAACCGUUUUAAAACCAAGGCGCGGCUUCUGAUUGACUGCAGGAGCUUCCGAAAAAUGUUUGCAAAUGGAACACUUACUUCCGGGUUUGCGGCUUUCGGGAGCCGAUUUGUUCGACAACUAAGCCGUUCGAGAACCAAGGUACCACUGUAUGAAAAUAAAACAGCAGCUGUUAAUAUCCAGGGUGCAGUAAAAUGACUUGGGACGGACCCACCUCGCCCACAACCUGGAGAGAGAACGUAUCUGGCAUCAAAGAUCAUGUGAUGUGUCGGCCACAGUUAAAAUAAGGUUUCAAGCUAUGAAAUGCGUCCAAUGCGCAAUAAAUCUGGAUUUUGGCAUAGUUGGGGAGGGGGCUUUGCGAAGGCGAGUGUGCUCGCUGAAGGAAGCUGUUGUGCUUUCUCUUGGGUCUUCCUGUGCCUGCAGACUUAGCACAGAAAAAAUGCAUGCCGCUGCUGAAUACUGAUGGCAGGCGAUAGAGCGGAUCCGAGAUGUGUGACGUUGAAAAUAGUGUUCAGCUCUAUGUGCAUGUUUGCACAAGGGCAAAAACUGGACAUACCCUUUAAGGUUUAGAAUCGACUUGCCAUUGUGCUACUUCCCAGAAGAAAUGCUUGGAACUGGAAGCCUGGUCCAGGUAUUUAAAAAGUCUAUAGGCACAGCUCAGGGCUCCUCUGCUACUGAAAGAAAUAUGGGGGGUUGUCAGUUCCUGGCACCCGCUUUCCUAGUUAACUCAAGACUGGAGACACAGUGGUAGAAGGAAAGGAAGCGUACAAUGGUUUGGGGAGAGAAACAUGAAGUGGGUGUAGGAUCUAGGCAGAGCAAUGGAACCAAGUGGUGGAGGAGAAGCAGGUCAAUGGUUGUAAGUCUGAGGAGGUGUGCCGGCGAGUACAGAAGAUCAGAGAAGUUCAACAGGAGAGGAAGGACCAUAAGACCACAAGUUUUACAUGCAGAAGGUCCUGAUAUCAGUCCCUGCCAUCUGUUGGGAGGGCAGAGAAAGAUUCCUACUUGAAUCCCUGGAAAACCACUGCCCAAUCAUAGAUGGAGAACUUGAGGUUCUCCAGAUGUUGAUGGACUCCAGCUUCCAUCAGCCUCAACCAACAUGGCCAACGGUCAUGGAUCAGGAGUAUCCAUUGGCAGACCUCAGGCUCUCAAAAUUCUGUGGUCCCCUCUGCGACACUAAAACGCUUGGCACACGCACCCCUGUACCCUUCUCCAUAGCAUUGCUGUGGUGCCCCCUGCGGCAGACGCUACCCUGAAACCACCUUUGGGUGGACCACAGGUUCCCUAUCCUUGAUUUAGACAAUGCUGAGCUAGAUGCAUCGAAGGUCUGACUCAGUAUAACUCCCAAACCUGAGAGAUGGUGAGUCAUGCACUAAAUUUUCAUUGCCAGUGUGCAGAAUACUUAAAACUUGAGCUGGCAGAGAAGAGAACAAUUACAAUAGGAAAUGCCUGUUUUCAGGUUUUGUUAAGGAGGGUGGAUUAAUGACAAGAGCACUAUACUCCUGAGGAGAAAAGAUUCUUGAAAAUAACAAGAACUGUUCAGUCCCUCAGGCAAAUCAGCACCACACCUCCUGGAAUGGGUAGCUGGCAUGUUGCGUUUGAUGGAAUCCAGCUCAAGUGCUUUGAUUUCUCGUGUCGGCUUUUUUUCAUCCAACACAAUUUUAUAUAGAGUUAAGUUAUGGCGUCAAGUAAUCAGAAGUGGUUGUUCAGGGAUAAAUCUACAUAUACUUCUGCCAGCCAUUACAUCUCUCGCCAGAGUGGUGCAUGAUCUCCUGCUUGGACUACUGCAGUGUGGGGCUAUCUUUGAAGGUGACCUGGAAACUACAACUAAUCCAGAAGGCGGCAGCUAGACUGGUGACUAGGAGUGGCCGCCAAGACCACAUUAGACCUACAUUGGCUCCCAGUACGUUUCCAAGCACAAUUCAAAGUGUUGGUGCUGACCUUUAAAACCCUAAACGGACUAGGCCCACUAUGCCUGAAGGAGGUACAGCUGAGGUACAGCUCCAAGGGCCUUCUGGCGGUUCCCUCCCUGCAAGAAGUGAGGUUACAGGGAACCAGGCAGAGGGCCUUCUCAGUAGUGGCGCCCUCCCUGUGGAAUGCCCUCCCAUCAGAUGUCAAGGAAAUAAAUAUCUAACUUUUAGAAGACAUCUGAAGGCAGCCCUGUUUAGAGAAGUUUUUAAUGUUUGAAGUUUUAUUCUGUUUUUAAUGUUCUGUUGGAAGCCGUCCAUAGUGGCUGUGGAAACCCAGCCAGAUGGGCGGGGUAUAAAUCAUCAUCAUCAUCAGUUUGGGUGUCCUGAGGCCCUGCAUAAUUCUAACAUUAAUGCACAGGUGGGAGGGGGCUGCCUGUAAUGUAACCAGAGACAGCCAAUAAAUCAAAUUUGGCUAUUAGAGAAUGGGUUUUGCCCUUUAAAGAGGCCCUUUUUGACACGGGCCAAAAUGUCCUUUUUAUUGCCUAGUGCAGGGAUGGAGAACCUGCAGAUGUAAUUGAACUCUCAUUCCCAUCAGCUCCAUUUAGGAGGGCCUGGCAUGACAGGGAUAACUUGUAUUUUCGGCAGCAGUCGACCUAUCAGAGCACCAGAUGUCUGCACAGUACUCUUAGCAGCAAGAAUAAGUAUACAAUUCUAAUAGCAGAAUUGUAAAGAAUAUUUCCCGCAUGAAAAGAGAGAGGAAAUGUGGUGUUUUGUUUUGUUUUGUUUAUCUUCCCCUCUUUCUCUUAUUAUCCAUCAUCCUACCUAAAAAAAAUAUCUUCCGGAUAAAACUUGGAGAAGGUUGAUUGGUGGUAUGAUCUUCAAAGCAUGACACCAAUUAAGCCUUAUCCGCUUUUUGGACUUUCCAGUAGCAAAGGCAUCAUCAGGAAACAGUCCUGCAAGCAGGAAGCACCUUAGAAGCCUUCUUAGAAGCCAAUGAGGGGAAUGAAGCGCUGGGAAAAUCACUCAUUGUCACUGUAACUGUACAGUUAAAUGAAUGCAGCGAUGAUGAUAAUUUGAAGCACUCUCCACUUCCACGAACUAUUUACUAGGGGACAGUGCUGGUGGGUUUGGUUGCAUUUGAAUGGGAGCAUAUGGUACCUGUGUAAUAUUUGCUCUGUUUAUUGGAAGCAAAUAGAUGGCUGCUACCCAGCAGCAAGAAAGGGGACGCGGGUGGCGCUGUGGGUAAAACCUCAGCGCCUAGGACUUGCCGAUCGCAUGGUCGGCGGUUCGAAUCCCCGCGGCGGGGUGAGCUCCCGUCGUUCGGUCCCAGCUCCUGCCCACCUAGCAGUUCGAAAGCACCCCUAAGUGCAAGUAGAUAAAUAGGUACCGCUUUAUAGCGGGAAGGUAAACGGCGUUUCCGUGUGCUGCUCCGGUGCCGGUUCGCCAGGGCAGCUUCGUCACGCUGGCCACGUGACCCGGAAGUGUCUUCGGACAGCGCUGGCUCCCGGCCUCUUAAGUGAGAUGAGCGCACAACCCUAGAGUCGGUCACGACUGGCCCGUACGGGCAGGGGUACCUUUACCUUUACCCAGCAGCAAAACGUACGAUCCUCCAUCAGAUUGUGCUUCACUCUCAGCUGAUUCACAGCUAUUCUCCCCCAACCCCCCCACCUCUCAGUCAUUAAAUCUUUGCACCUCCUACUAGCCAAAGGAUGUCACGUUGCAAUAGCAGGAAAGAGAGUACGCCAAGCCCUCAAGGAGCAUUAAUGCAUUUUUGUUAAAGGCUACCCAUAUGUUGCCAAGCGAUAGUUCUUUUCAUAGUAGUCAGAACAACCAUAUUCGUGAUGACACAGGGACAAACACAUAUCAAUUUUCAUAGUUAUAUUUCUUGAUGAGAAAUUCUUACAAAGUAAUUUCCCCUUUGUUUAAACCAAUUCAUGAACCAAGAACGUAUACAUUGACCACUAAUAAUGAACCAUAUAUUGUAGAUAUUACUCUACAUUUAUUAUGCUAUUUUUGUGAUGUACAAAUGACGUGAGAAAACAUGAUACAGUGGAACCUCGGAAGCCAAACUCCUGUAAACUCAAAACGUUUCGGCUCCCAAACAAUCGGAAACCGGAAGUGAUUGUUGCGGUUUUCAAAUGGUUUUUGGAAGCCGAACGUCCGGUGCUGCACCUUGGAAGUCGAACAUUUUGGAAGUUGAACGGACUUCCGAAACAGAUUACAUUCGACUUCCAAGGUAUUUCUGUAUACUUAUUUGUAUAACAUUAUUCUUGUUUAUAAAACCCAAUAAAAAGUUAUUCCAAAAAAAGGAAUAGCAAAUAAAAGUGCUUUACAGUUCCUAUAGGCUGCCUAUGAAUAUACUUGUGAAGAAGGAAGUAUUUAACCUGGGGGGCAGGAUAUUAUGGGGAAUUUUUUUUUUUUAAUAUGGGGGGAAUAUUAUUAUUAAUAACAUCAGUACAGUGGUGCCCCGCAAGAUGAAUGCCUCGCAAGACGAAAAACCCGCUAGACGAAAGGGUUUUCCAUUUUUCGAUGCGCUUCGCAAGACGAAUUUCCCUAUGGGCUUGCUUCGCAAGACGAAACGUCUUGUGAUUUCUUGCGAUUUUUUUCGCUUCCCCCCCCCUUUUUCUAAGUUGCUAAUAGCCUUUUAGCCGCUAAGCCGCUAAGCCUUUAAUAGCCGCUAAACCGCUAAUAGCGCUAAUCCGCUAAGCCGCUAAUAGGGUUGCUUCACAAGACGAAAAAACCGCUAGACGAAGAGACUCACGGAACGGAUUAUUUUCGUCUUGCGAGGCACCACUGUAUCCAGCCCUUUUUCCAAUAUGGUGAGGGUCUUAUGAAUGGAUGGAUUUACCCCAGUUGAUGUCCCUGUGAUUGUCCCAUGAAUAAGGGUUUGACUUUGGAUCUCCCAAAGAUUUCAAGGGGAGGAGGAGCCAACAGUUGCUGGCCUUCUGACAGAGAGCCAUAGAUGUCAACGUUUCCCUUUUUUUUAAGGGAAAUUCCCUUAUUCCGAAUAGGAUUCCUCGCAAGAAAAGGGAAAAGUUGACAGCUAUGCAGAGAGCAUGGAGAAGGCCUUCUGUCCCAUCUCCCUUCUUGAUGCAAUGGCUGCUGAUGACAGUUGAAGAAAGAGCCUGAUGGAGCCUGCCUGACAGAUUCCCUGUUUGUUGAGAAGAUCCAUAAUGAAGGGCCAACCUUCCCCUGAUUGUCAGAUCAGCCACAGAGACCAAUCUUCCUUUGUGCAAAGGGCAGCUAGAGAGCAGAAAGGAGGUGCCCUUUGACCUCUGCCAUCAGCCAGAGGACCAAGGACCAUUGGGAGGAUGCUCCCCCUAUCUGCUAGGGAGAACAUCGUGGCAAGGUAGGGGCCAUCCCAUCCAUUGGCUAGAGAAGGAACAGCAACAGCAUUUUUAGUGAGAUAUUGCACUUUCAGCGUUGCGAAGAUGCCAAAUCCUUAGCUGUUACUUCAUAUGUUCUGUUAUGAUAACGAGCAGAUGCUGGAUGGGAAAUGAAAAGCUCUUGUGAAAACCAGGAAUGUGGGUGUGGAUGAUUCCCUGCUUGUCCUGAGUUCACUGUUUUUAAGAAGCGUUUUGAGAAGAGUUAUUAAUGCAAAGCAGCGUAGACGUUUUGCUGCAUGUUUGCUGUGCAUAUUUUGACAGGUUGUAUGGUCCCUGUCACCACCCCACCCUCAAAAUUUGACUUUCUCAGACGCAGAUCUAAUUUUGCGUGGACAAUAAUCAUCCGAGACUUCUUCAGAAACUAGCUUCUAAUUCCUCCUCUUGGAUCGCCUAACAAUAGCUGCUGUAGGCUAUGCAAAGCAUUUUCUCUUCUUGGUGGCUGAUGGGAUUGGCCGAGCUAUGAACUUCGUUUCGUUAGCAGGCUUAGGCCGCGGAGCUGUGAGGCAGCUGUGCACGAGGCACUUGCUUCUGGGGUUUAUGUUGUGAUUAUUUAUUUGCAACUUGGUGGGGCUGUGUGUGUGUGUGUGUGUGUGUGUGUGUGUGUGUGUGUUGCAGCUCUCUGAGUAUUUCAGAGGCUAAAGAAAUGCAUCACACAACCGGUGGAAAUGAUGUCAGUCAUGUGGAAGUGAGUUAGACUGAAAUGGCUUUAGAUAGCAGUUAUGGAGAGACUGAAAGCUAAAGUACAGGUUUGCUGUACAUUUUUGUAUGCAUGAAUGUAUAUGCAUAGUUAGAACAUACUGUACAUGCAUGUACGUGUGUGUGUGUGUGUGUGUGUGUGUGUGUACACACACACACAUAUUGUCAGUGUUUUCUUCUUUAAAAUGUUGAGGGGUACUCUCAUUUUGACUCAAGAAAAUCACCAUUUUAUAGUUCAAAUCGGGGAAAAUAAAUACAGUAAAUGGACAAAAGUACAAAGAUUCACAAAAUGUUUAGGGGUAUGCGUACCCCUGUGUACCCCCAGAAAAAAAGCACUGCAUAUUGUUUUUGGAAGGGGGACACCCCCUCCCCAAACCCUAGAAAACAAUUUUGAGUAUUUGGAGUAUUGAAGAGAAGAUUGAAGGUCAGUGGAAAAGAACAAGCCAAGCUUUCGUCCAAGACAGGGCCUCGCCUGGGAUAGAGGAAUUCACAUGACAGAAGGUGUUGUUGAUGGUCAGUCUAAGAGGAAUCUUGGGCCUGGGCAGAUAGAGGUUGCCAUGGUGAUGGGAUGUGCUGUUUUAGGUGACAGGAAAAUAGAGUUUUUAGAGCAACAUGCACUGUGAAGAAGAAGGGAGAACAAAGACUGGGGUCCGUCUCGUGCAGGCUGGCUACAGGACCAACUGUUUUAUAUUGGAUAUGUGAUUAUUAAGGAAAUGGGGACACUUGAAUUGUGCUCACUUAAAAAACUCUGUGAACUUUUUGGCUACACAUCAGGUCUGCUCCUUCAUGUGCAAAAAGCAUUCACGUGCUAAAAGUUGUUUGAUGUGAGUCUUUGGAAACUAGGAAGUCCUCGGUUGUGCUGGUGUCAAUCAUGCAAAACAAGGGACAAAAUAUUUUUCUGUCAAGUAUCCUGAGAUGAGCUUCCUUCUGGUAAACAUGUUUUCUGAUCACUAGUAUCAACCACUUAGUUCACUUCUUGCCUUCCUAAAACUCUGUUGAAUAGUUUAAGCUUAGCCAGUGGAGGGAUCAAAAUUAUGUCUAGCCCAACUUUGAAGACAAGGGGGGAGGAAUAUAGCUAUAGCCAUUUGUUUCUCUGAUUCCUGGCAUGGCAUGAAAAUUUCCUCCUUACCUCUUGCCAGCCAGCUGCUUCUUUUCCCUUUCCCUUCUCAUUGAAGUCUUGCUAAGACAGAUAAACGCAUGUGUAGCACUUAGCCCUUUGGCUCUGUGUUCUUAAAAUAAUAAUAGUCAAUUUUGCUUGGUUAUUUAUUUCAUUUAGAAGAGGCAAGUGAGCUUGUUCCUGAAACUUGACAUUCCGGUUACUGAACCACAUGAGUAUCCAAAUUAGCAUCAGAUUGUAAGAUUUGCACAGAGUAGGUCCUAGGGGAGAGUCUAGCAUAGGCCAAAGAAUAUAAGAUAAUUUUCGAGCAUCGCUACAGUUUAAAUAUUUGAGAGCCAGUAUGGUGCCAUGGUUAGAGGGUUGGACUGGUGGCAGGGUUCAACCCCCUGAUCAGCUAUGAAGGGUGACUUUUGGCCAGUCAAAUUCUCUUAGGCUCACCUCCUGAUAGCUCAUUUGUUGGAGCAUGAAAUUCUUGAUCUCAGGGUUAAGGGUUUGAGAUCCAUGUUGGGCAUAAAGAUUGCAGGCGAUUGGACCCUCAUGGUCCCUUCUCUACAAUUUCAUUAUUUUAUGAUUCCAUGAUUCUAUACCUCGCAGGGUUGUUCUGAGGGUAAAAGUAGAAGAAACAGACUGUGUAUACCACCUUGAGGAAAGUUGGGAUGUGACUGUAAUAAAUAAUUUCUUGCAAGAAACCUAUAAACUAUGGACAAUGUAUAUUCAUGUGGCUUCAACCCUGCAUAUACAUUUGUUUGACACUCUUGGUUCUGCUGAAUUUCCCAGACUACCUGUGCAUAGUUUUAUUAGAGGUGUAUGGGGCAACCCAGCCAGAUGGGCAGGUUACAAGUAAUAAAAUUGUUGUAGUUAUUAUUAUGCAUGUCACCUACAUUUUAAAUACGUUUCGGAGGAAACACAUUGCCUGUCUUAGUUGUGUAACGUCUGGAUCUCUUUUUGUAAGAGAUCAUCAAGUGAAACUAAGAAUGCAUUUAAAAGACUUUCUCAGAUCAUACAGUAUCAGUAUUAUGUCUUACUCAUGUUUCAACCUUUGACACCUUUCGUUUGUUUCCUUGUGUUAUCUUUAGAAGCAACACUUUUUUACCCGAAGCUCUGUAUGUAUGUAUGUAUGUAUGUAUGUAUGUAUGUAUGUGUGGUUCUUCUGUGAGGGUAAUUUCUUUUACAAAAAAAAAAACUAAGCUACUGCAGUGACUCAUCUAAAGUGCAAAGGGGCAAUUAUUUCUGUGUGCAUUAUUAUGCCUGAUUUGCUUUCUAUUUUUAAACAACAUGCUUCUGCGAUGAACAAGUCCAUACUCAAAAAAAGCAAAAGCAAAAUUCAAACAGCUCGUCUGCUGUAGCUGAAAAAGGUAAAGGAAAUAACACGAGCUGAGAACAACAUUUACAGCGUAAGCCUUGGUCCACUGCCUGAGUCUAGUACCCCUGCAACCUAGCAAUACAGGAGAGAUUUCAGGGAUUACGUUCAGAUUAAAUGCCAACGAGAGCCGAGUCCUGGCGAGAUGCCAUUGAGGUCGCAUGAGGAUAAUCAGAAUUUUUCAUAGUUUAAACUGAAAUGUCUUGAGUGUGGCUGGGCCCCCAGUGCCAAUGAUUUGGGUUAAGAUUCCUAGAUCCUUCCUGUGUGCAUCAUUGUUCAUUUACCUAAAAACAAAGUAAUAAUAAUAAUAACAACCCUCAUGCUGUUGUAGGUCCCUUUGUGCCAGUCUUUCCCCUAAAACUGUACUUACUACUACUGUUAUUAUUAUUAUUAUUAUUAUUAUUAUUAUUACCCCACCCAUCUGGCUGGGUCACCCCAGCCACUCUGGGCGGCUCUCAACAGAAUACCCUUUAUAGACAGAAUAGGAAAUGGAAUUGUAUAAAAUGAACGAAUGGGUGCCCUGUGCUUGGUCUUAAACUGACCAUAUAUAAUGGGACUGAAGCUCAAGUAAGGGUUGCAUUAGUCGUGUUUGCUAGGGCUGCUGUGCCGUCAUUUUUAGACAAUGUUAAUAUUUUAUUGAAAAGCUCUCAAUUAUAAAGAAAUAAAGCGACGCAAAGAAAAAGGCCGCUACCACUGUGAGAGGCCACUACCACUGGGUUGGCAGUGGUUGUGGCCUUUCGCAGAAGGACCUUGGCUCCAGAGAGAGAAAGGCCUCUCCAUUGUAGGCCGGCCUGUUGGGGAAUUUCCUUGGUCGGCUGCAAGGGGAGGCAGAAUAGCCCGCCAUCCACUGGAAUUCAGAUUGGCCAAAGUGGGUGGGACUUAGGUGACCAACCAGAGUAGUCUUUGAUAUCAAUCCAGCUAUGAAGGUUGGCUGUGUCCAGGUUCGGGAACUGCUCCCCUCUAUAUGCAAUGCAGUAGUUGUUUGCAGUUGAUUGUAAAGAUGGCAUAUCAGUGCUGUACUGCCUCUUUCAUAAAGCUUCUUUUAAUACUUCUCUUUAUAUCUUUUGUCUCCUUGACUUGUAAAUGCCUCUCACCUCACAUUUAUUCUCACAGCAACUCUAGAGGUGGCUUAAGAGCUGAGAGACAAUGACUUGCCCAAGGUCACUCUCAAAACAGUCCUCUUCCUCAGAGACCUUUAGUUAGCUGGUUAUUUUUUUUUAAAAAAAGAAUAAUAGAGAAUAUGAAGGUGUGAGUAAUGUGAAAAAUGACAGUUUAUACUUCACUUACAAUGUAACAGAAAGACUUGUUCACAGAAGCAAUGCAGUGUAGCAUUGACUUCAACUGCGAAUAAUGCAAUCCCAAGUGGAAGCAGUUUACGAAUGUUAAAUAUAUAUAUAUAUUCUUCAGUAAGGGAGAUAGCACAGUGAGUUGAAGACAUACCUAUGCUACCUCAAGUUAUUUCCUUCAAGGUUUUUGCCUUUUAUUCGGAGGGUCGUGGCCAGUGGCAUAGCGUGGUUUGCUGGUGCUUGCGGUAGGUGUGCACGCCAGCAGGGGCAGGGCAUGGAGGGUAAAUGGAGCCCGCCACGCCAGCCCAGGCCUCACCACCACGACCACCCCAUUGGAACCAAGCAGGGGCCGCAGAAGAAUUACUUUAACUCAGUGCUAUGUUGGCUACAACCACAUAAUUCAUUCUUUUGUGCUUCCCUCAGGGGAAGGACUAAUUUUUGUACUGUCAUAUUUCUUGACAUUUAAGAAUCUGGUGGGCUUCUUUUACUCAGUUGCUGUAAGCAUAAUGUACUUACUCCUAAUGUUUUUUUUUUAUUUUAAUUCCUCAAUCAACUCCACCCCAAUAUUCUACUUUAAAAGUUCACCAGUGUCCCCAUAUUUGAAAUAAUUUACGAAUAUAUCUGCCGUAUGGCUUUCUAGCAUUUUACAGAUCUUUCUGAAGUUGACAAUAUUUUUUGCUUCCUUUCUACCAAGCAGCAUGAAACAAUUAAAUGAAGGAAAAUAUGAGUCAGGAUCAUUUCACUUUUUAAAAGGAAAGCUGACGCCCAUAUUUCAGAACUCUGUGACCGCUGAGAAAAUGAAUGGACACAGAUAUUUUCACAUCUGCCCGAAGAUAGUGAUUUGAGUUCAGUAGGAGUAGGGAUGAAUGAAAAUGAGACUGUUUUAUCAGCAUGUGCAAAUUCACUGUUGACACCAAAUUAUAUGGAACAUCCAUGGCUCAUCCAAAGUUAAACACUUACUCAUACCUCGGGUUUCAAUAGAAGACUUAAGCACUCCCAUUGAAAUAAAAUGAUUUUUUUAAACGUUUAGCUCUGGCACUCUAUAAUCUAUGGGCAUUAUUGAACCAGGUUUUACUCAAGAGUGGACCAAUUGAAAUUAAUGUUUAUUAAUUUUAAUGGGUCAACUCUGAAUAAAACAUAUUUGAAUACCACCCUAUCUACUUUAGUUAUGCUAAUUUGUGAAUGCAAGUAUUCACAGGACUAUGGACACAAUGCAAAGUUCUCAUUCAGUUCCAUGUCUAACUUUUAUUUCACAAAAAUUUGUUCUACUUGUCAAGUUGUUAUGUCAUCUUGUUGCUCACAUUUGAGCAUUAUGUAUUUUUUGGAAGUUUGUGUACAAAAUUAAGGUAUUUUUCCAGUGAUGACUAUUCAUUAUCGGCCCUGGAAAUAAUUUUACUAGUGUUGCAGGUUAUAUAAAAGUACCUGGUUUAAUUCCUCAAGAACAAACUAAUCACAGGAUGAAAGAGGAAAAUAUUGCUUUACACAAAGAUUGUUACUUCAAUGGGAAUAUGAUCAAUCACGUAUCAGUGUCUGAUAGCAAGCUAAAAAUAUUGGUGUAUAAUAUGCAUAAGGUAAAUCACACCUUGGGCUGUUUGAAUGGUUUUAUCCGUAAGUGAAAUCUAAAGCGCAAUAUUGUUUUCCUUGCAUAAUUUACAUCUUUUUGCAUCUGUUCUGCAACUUUUUAGUGUGCUCCCAAAGUUAUUUCAAUAAUUAAUGGAUCUUCUCUGGUCAAUUUCAGGUCUCUUGAAUCCUAACCUAUAGUUGCAAACUGAAUAUUACAUAUAUUAGACUACACUUUACGCAGUUAAGGUGAGGUGGGUGAAAGCUACUUGUAUACCAUGGGCUAAUUUCACUAGGAUACAGUAACUUAGCUCAUUUAAUCACCACAGAUGGUAAAAGCAAGCCCAUUUUCAGACCCCAUGGCAUGGACUAUAGAGUAAAGUUUUCUAGUUUACUUUCGGAAGCGGGGGAAAAAGACAAACACAUUGUGCCAUGCUAAUGCAUGUUCACUAUUGUGCUGCAAAAUAUGACAGACCAAAUAGCACAUGUAGGUGGAGGAACGGAUAAACAGAUUUGGCAGAUUAUUUUAGUUUGUUGUGCUUCUAAAGAUGUUUAGCCCAUAUACUAUAUUCAGCCAUAACUCCCAAACUGUUUGGGAAACAAAUUAAGCUGAAGACAGAUGACAGUGUUUCUUCCAGAAUAUCAAAGACAGUAUGAAAGCAUGCGAAGCUUGCCACUUUCUCAGUUUUCAAAUCUUGAGAAUUAGUAUAGUGUGAGGAGAGAUGAGGGAACCCUUUCAAACUCUGUUUGAUGAGAGAGGAUCAAAGAACAAAUAGAAACGUAAAUAUCAAUGGAAAUUAUUAUUCUGCUGCCAGCCAAAUACCUAGAGCCAGUGUGGUGUGGUGGUUCAGAGCGGUAGUCUUGUAAUCUGGGGAACCGGGUUCGCUUCCCCGCUCCUCCACAUGCAGCUGCUGGGUGACCUUGGGCUAGUCACACUUCUCUGAAGUCUCUCAGCCCCACUCACCUCACAGAGUGUUUGUUGUGGGGGAGGAAGGGAAAAGGAGAAUGUUAGCCGCUUUGAGACUCCUUAGGGUAGUGAUAAAGCGGGGUAUCAAAUCCAAACUCUUCUUCUUCUAUAACCUGUCUCUGAUCCGAUAUCAGUAGCAAAGAGCUGCACCCAGGGAGAAAUCCAGACACUGUUGCACCCGCAGCCCUGCUAAGCAUGGCGGCCAAGGCUGGGAGGACAAGCACAUCACUGUGCAAACCUGGAAUUAGUGCAGUGACUGGGCUUGGAUUGGACCCGAUGCCACCACAUGAUCAUAGAAUCAAGAGAGUUUAAAGGGAUCCCCAACGGUUAUUGAGUAGUCCAACUUUCCUGCAAUGUAGGAAUAAUUAUUCACUUCUGCUCAAUUCAACUUCAAGAACAGCAGAAGCAGCAGCUGAGAAGAGAAGAAUUCUAGGGUAUAUAUGGCCGUCGAGACCACAUAACACCAGUCCUGAAAGACCUACAUUGGCUCCCAGUACGUUUAUGAGCACAAUUCAGAGUGGUGGUGCUGACCUUUAAAGCCCUAAACGGCCUCGGUCCUGUAUACCUGAAGGAGUGUUUCCACCCCCAUCGUUCAGCCCGGACACUGAGGUCCAGCUCCGAGGGCUUUCUGACGGUUCCCUCCCUGCGAGAAGUAAGGUUACAGGGAACCAGGCAAGAGGGUAUACUUGGUAGUGGCACCCACCCUGUGGAACGCCCUCCUGUCAGAUGUCAAGGAAAUAAACAACUAUCUGACUUUUAGAAGACAUUUAAAGACAGCCCUGUUUAGGGAAGUUUUUAAUGGGUGAUAUUUUAUUGUGUUUUUAGUAUUCUGUUGGGAACCGCCCAGAGUGGCUGGGUAUAAAUAAAUUAUUAUUAUUAUUAUUACUGGAUUGUAGAGCUGGAAGAGACCCCUAGGGUUACUUAAUCCAACCCUCUUCGAUGCAGGAAUCUUGCCUACAGGAAAGAUCCCAUUUGCUCCAAUGGGAUGGUUCCUCUUCUACCACAGGGCUAAUUGCAGCACAGGGAGAAGGAAAUCAUCAUCUAGAUGCAGCUGGAGAUGAAAGGUUGAGCCUUCUUCCCUUGUGUGUCCAGUACAAGUCAGCCUCUCAAUGCCUGUAAUUAAAGAAAGAAAAAACUCCUGGCGUGCUUCCUGGCUUUUUCAAUUAAAGUAAUGCCUAGUUUGGCCCUGGGUGGGAUACGAUGCUCUUUAAGAUCACAGCAGCAUUGGCAGAUAGAACAGCCUGGGAAAACACCCUUUGGAAAACAGUGGAUGAAGGGCAGCAUAUAAAUUUAAUAAAUAAAAUAAAUUUCCUGUGGCAGGAGAGUAUAAACCUCUCUGGUUCAAUGGAAGAUUGUACUAGGCACUUACACAAAUGAACAACAUUGGAGGAACAUCUGAAGAGAGCAUCUUCAGGGCAAAAAAAACCCUAUACUAACUACGGAUGCAUUUUAGCCAACUAGGUUUGAAUUCAAAUGAUCAGAAAACACAUGGUAGACAUAUGAGGAGAACAAGUGACUGUGGUUCUUUUGUCUGUGUAAAACUUACGGGAGGCAGGCUUCGUACCAUAGUAGGUUGAGGACGACAAUUCUCAUUAUUCCUUACUAUUGACCAUGCUGACUGCAGCUGAGAACUGCAGUCCACAACAUCUGGAGGUUGCCAUUUUGGCAGGAAGAUAACCUUUAGUUAUCUCCAAGAAGGACAGGACUCCCUGGAAAGAAGCUGGAACAUUCCCUGAGCUGUUUAGAAAAGGAGUGAGGUGUGUGAAUAAGUCUAAACAUUGGGAUUUUGCUAGAUAAUACAUUUUCUUCUUUUUGGACAGCAUGGUUUUUGCCAUGCCACAUGUACAGACACACGUGUGUGUGUGACAUCUCUCACUUCUUUUAAAUUAUCUUCUAACUGAAUCGCAUUUCCGAGCAGUUGGAACCAUACAGGUUUCUAAUAAUGAUGAUCAUAUCUUUCCCACCAACCUGAGUUACCUCUGCAAAACCUCCUACGCCUUGUAUCCUGGCCCUGAUCUUAUCAUUGUCAAGAGGUAAGAGCCAGGAGCAGGUUAGUAAUAACUCACACAGUGUCAGUGGAGUUAACUCUUCAUUCAAAGAAACAAACAGCUCAGGAGGCCAGGCCUAGUGAUCGCGACAACUCUUCCAGUAGCUCUUGGUCCAAUGAGGAGGUUGUGAGGACUGACGGUCCCACAACUUUCCUCUGCCCCUGGUCCCUUCCAAAACACCUGAGGCUCCUUCAUCUUGCCUGUGUUUGCUCCACCCUCUUUAUACCUAUUAUGGUUCUGGGAGACCAGGGGGAAAGGAAGCUGGUUACCCCCACCCCCCUGGCUUUUUCAGCAGCCUGCCAUCUCUGCCUCUUGGCCCCCUCCUCUCCAGCCUCUACUUCUGCAUCCGAUUCUGGACUGCUCUCUGCCACAGACUCUUCCUGCUCACUAAAUCCUGUUACCUCUUCAGCUUCCAACACCUCCUGCCAGUCUGCUCUCACCACUCAUCCCACCGCCAAACCCCUGGCUCUGAGCCUUCUUCCCUGGGGGUGUUGUUUGCCUCCCACCCCUCGUUUGCAUCCAGCAAGACCUUGACAAUCAUGAAAAAGACUUUGGACUGACACUCUCUGCAAACAUAAUGGCAUCUGGAGCACGAUAUGUUAAAUAUUGCAGAUGAUUCUUACUUUAAUGACCCUGCUGAUUUCUGCCACUGGAACACUGCCAAGUAUAUUUAAGAAACCCCACCCACAACCUUGAAUACAAACACUUUUCCCCCCGAGCACAAAUGACAAGUUAACUCCCUGCGUCAGUCUGCCAUGGUCAGACUUUGGAGCCGCAGAGUGCAAUUAUCAAGCUUGAAUGUUGGUUACGGUGCUCCUCCUCUCAGCAGUUGCAGUUACCAAAUUCUUUCCUUUAGCUCUUUCUAAAAAACAAUACUGACAGCAAUCUGGUUUUCCGUGCAAACCUCUGGACAUUUUUGUUUUUGUUUUAGCUGAUCCCACUGCAAAUUAAGGGCUCUAAACUUUCGGUGACUUUUCCUACCGAAAAUUCUGAAGGAUAAUAAUACUUCCCCAUGACAUAAAUGAUUUGCAGUAUAAGGAAGAUUGGUUAAUUAUACAUGGAGUAACGUCAUAGAAAAUAACCAGAGCGUAAGGAAGCUACGCUCUGUGGCCUCUACCUUCAGUCUUUUGGCUCAGUUGGCGCACUGCGCUGAACUUGGAACAGUAUAUUCUUUUCUUUUCCCCAUGCAAGCACUGGCUCCAUGCUUCCAUUGUAAUGAUUUUAAGUUACAUACUGAAACCGCCACCAAGAUUUCUGUGAAUCUCUGCAACUGUUAGCUUAAGAAAGGAAGACCAUGCGUGGCAUUCUUGCCUCCAUCCUGUAUUCCUGAAGCGGGAAAAGCUUAAUCACAAACGAAAGCGUAAUAUUGGAAUAUUUAUUUAUUUAUAAACACAUUCAUGGGCCAGCUUUUCAGGAAUGAUCUGCACAAAGUGGCUUAUGGUUUAAUAAUAAUAAAAUAAAAUAUCGAAUACAUUCACACACACACAAACACAUGAAAUCAGUUGUGUAAACUUUGCCAACAUUGACCAGAUAAACUGCGUUUAUUAACUACAACUUUUAUAAAAGCAGAGAUUUAGAUUCCAAUAAGCACUAAAAUGUUUUUUUAAAAAUAUUUCACUGAAAACAGCAGUAACAAACCUUAAGAAAGGCCAUCCUAAAAGAAAAAUUUGCUUUAAAAGUUUAAAGGCCAAUGAUGUUGCAAUCAACUACAGUUCAGUAGGGAGGGAGUUUUACAACCUGAAAAUACCGUAUUUUCCCACAUAUAAGACGCCCCCAUGUAUAAGACACCCCCUAUUUUUGGGAACUCCAAAUUAAGAAAACACCCUUCAGCACUACCUGUGUAUAAGACAACCCCCAAUUUUAAACCUAUUUUUUUUUGUAAAAAAACAACCCCUAAUCUUACACAUGGAAAAAUACGGGAAUCAGUUUCAGAGCCAUAGAAAGAACAUCAGCUUAUCAAUGUAUUGUGUCAAAUGGUAUACAUGCAGUAGUGUUUAGCUUAGUAUUCUCCAGGGUUUUAGACAGGACAUUCUCAGCACUUCCUAGCGAUGCCAAGAUUUGAUUUGAUUUCAGGACCUUCUGCAUGCAAAGCCCAAGUCCUGCCAUUAAACUACUUUACGACCCUGGGGAUCCAAUGAUGGCUUUGUUUUGAAAUAGACCGUUUUGAAUAUUGUGGUUUUGAUAAUGUAUUACCCAACCAUACUUUGGCUCACCAUGAAGUAAAAGCUACUUUAUAAUUCCUUUUUAUUGUGGCCCGCCACAAAUUCAAUGCUUGCAUCAAAUGCAUUUUGUUAAUUCAUGUAAACAAGCAAGCAAACAAAAAAGGAAUAGUCAAAGCUAAUGAUUUGCCCGAGCAAGUGGCAGCAGGCAGAACUGUUGGUUGUUUUUCAUGAAUAUGCUAAACAACCCUCAACCUCCCCUUUUUCACUAGAAAGGAAACUGUUAAAUGUUGGUACAACAACGGUUGCUGAUGAAUUGAGCGUGCUGUUAAAACCCAGUCCCGUUACCAAGAAAGUGGAAUUGUAUCAAAUUGGCAGAAUCGGACUCUCCAUCCUUGCUAGGAUAAGGCACAAGAUGCUGCUAUGUAUUAGAAAUGGAGCAAAAUACUGUACUUUUCCGUGUAUAAGAUGUGUUUUUCCUCUAAGAUAUACAGAUGACACAACCUUGAUGGCAGAAAGUGAGGAGGAAUUAAAGAACCUUUUAAUGAGGGUGAAAGAGGAGAGCGCAAAAUGUGGUCUGAAGCUCAACAUCAAAAAAACGAAGAUCAUGGCCACUGGUCCCAUCACCUCCUGACAAAUAGAAGGGGAAGAAAUGGAGGCAGUGAGAGAUUUAUUCUUGGGUUCCAUGAUCACUGCACAUGGUGGCAGCAGUCACGAAAUUAAAAGAUGCCUGCUUCUUGGAAAGACAGCAGUUACAAACCUAGACAGCAUCUUAAAAAGCAGAGACCUCACCUUGCCGACAAAGGUCCGUAUAGUUAAAGCUAUGCUUUUCCCAGUAGUGAUGUAUGGAAGUGAGAGCUGGACCAUAAAGAAGGCUGAUCGCUGAAGAAAUGAUGCUUUUGAAUUAUGGUGCUGGAGGAGACUCUUGAGAGUCCCAUGAACUGCAAGAAGAUCAAACCUAUCCAUUCUAUUCCAGCCUAUUCUGCCAUGGUAUAUGAAGCAAGCAUCUUAGUGAAAUAACCUUUUAAAAAACUUUUUAAAAAAGAUGUUAAGAAUACUUAAUUGAGUGUUCAAUCAUGCAUUGGUUUUGUUUGUAUUAGUAACAGAAUAGCUGCUACAAUUCAGAUGCCUAUAGCAUUAUUAUUAUUAUUAUUAUUAUUAUUAUUAUUAUUAUUAUUAACUGCCCUCCAUACAUAGAUCUCAAGGCAGUUUGCAACAUAAAAAUACAUUACUAAAAAAAAAGUAAUAAAAACAAGCACAGAAACAAACCAAUCGCCCCCUCUUUUAACACAUUUAAAAGAGCAUUGGUUGCUUUAUAAAAAACAAUGGCAUAGAUUCCAUAAAUCAAUACAUUCACAACCUCUAAAUCCACAAAAAGCGACAUGUGUGAAUUAUGAAUUAUGAGGCAUGCUUUUGGGUUGUCAUCCCCAGAAAAGAAAAGGUUUUAGUAUAUGAUUCAGCAUUUAUUUAUACUGUUAUGAGUUUGUGGGUGCCAGCCCUCUUUAAUCCCUGCAUCCAGCAAGUGUUAGAAUUUUAUAAAGGUUUGGGGUAUUAAAUGGGCUGCCAUACCGCUAUAGUCCAUGGAUCCAGCAAGUCUUAAAAGCUAAUUAAGCCAGGCUAGCUUCCUGAUUGCCUGGGUGAUGGGCCAUUCAGAGAGCAAAGGAUCAAGGGGGCUUGGUGCGAGACGACAAAUGGGUGCCCCCCUCAAUAAUAAUAAUAAUAAUAAUAAUAAUAAUAUAAUUCAUUUGUACCAUGCACAUCUGGCUGAGUUUCCCCAGCCACUCUGGGCGGCUCUCAACAGAAUAUUAAAAACACAAUAAAAUAUCAAACAUUAAAAACUUCCCUAAACAGGGCUGCCUGCAGAUGUCUUCUAAAAAUCAGAUAGUUGUUUAUUUCCUGGACAUCUGAUGGGAGGGUGUUCCACAGGGAGGGCGCCACUACCAAGAAGGCCCUCUUCCUGGUUCCCUGUAACCUCACUUCUCGCAGGGAGGGAACCGUCAGAAGGCCCUCAGAGCUGGACCUCAGUGUCCGGGCAGAACGAUGGGGGUGAAGACGCUUCUUCAGGUAUACUGAGCCGAGGCCGUUUAGGGCUUUAAAGGCCAGCACCAACACUUUGAAUUGUGCUCGGAAACGUACUGGGAGCCAAUGUAGGUCUUUCAGGACUGGUGUUAUAUGGUCUCAGACUAGCUGCCACAUUCGGGAUUAGUUGUAGUUUCUGGAUAGAGUUUAGAGUAGAACACUUAAGAAGAGUUUGCUGUAACUUGACCUAGAAGUAAAGUUGCAGGCUAGAAACCCAGAGAGGCAGAGCACGAUGUUUGAUUUCUGCUUGAAUCCAAGCCUGUGGCUAUGGGAGGAACAAACCCCUUUGGUGGGUGCUGGUGCUGUGAAACCCACCCAUCAUAGCAGGCUCACGUUGUACAGUAUAUAUGUGUGUAAAUAAACCAUAUAUCUUAAAGACAGCACAGUCUCCUCUGUGCCUCAUUCCCAAAAGGGAACACGAACCCUAGAUACACCUGGAAACUCACAAUGCCAUAAGCAGUGGGAAUGGGGGGAGGGUCACAAAGGUCAUAUUUGAUUGGUUUAAAAGAAAGGAACACCAAGGUCAGGCAGUCUGAAUAUUCUGUUACUCAAUUAUUUUCUUUUUUAAACCAGAUACCUAAAAGUCACUAUGAUUACUGUAAAACUGCAAGCCAUCACCUUAAUGAGCAAGGGUGAUUUUCUUCACUGUGGGAGAAAUUGUGUUAAUGAGCUUAUAAAUCAAUGGUAGCUAAAUUUGUCUCGUACUGAGUCUUUGUAUCCAGCCAGACAUUUCACCAAAUCAACUUCCGGCAUUUUAGAAAAAUAACUUGCUUUCUUCAAAGAAAACCAGUAAUGUGUGGGUACACAGGCUUUGAAGACCAACUUCUGGCUCCCAACCCCCGGAUUGUAUCAGAAGACUCAUCUUUAUAACUCUCCUUUCCACCCUCAAUUAAGAUGUUUAUAAUCUCCCGUCUUAACUUACCUGAGGUGUUAAAUUCAGUAUGGCGCUGUCGGGCUAUUUCACUUUGGUGAAACUUGUGGUGGACAUUAUUUGUUUUGAAUUGACAGGAUUUUUGUUUAUUGUGUUGAUACUCUUCUUGGAAUAUCUACAGUACCAACACCUUGAUUGAUUGAUUGAUUGAUUGACUCCCCACAAAACACUCCAAAGCCAUUUAACAGUAAAAUGGCAAGAAUCAAAACUUAUAUAAAACAACUUUCUAGCCCAAUAAAGAUACAGACCAGGAUAAAAAUCUCCACUUACAAAGCUGGUUGGAGAAGGAACAUCUUCAAUAUGCUUCAAAAACAUAAAUUGGUUUUAUAUCUGUUUAAAUGCUGUCCCUUCUUCCCGCUGCCCCAGUUAACCCUGGAAAUCUUAAUUUGCUGAAUGUGCUUAAAAUUAUCUCUGAGAAAUUACUAGUAUAUCUCACCAAAUGCUUCCCAGAGUUCCCUGGAGACUGGGGAUUACAUUUAAACUAGUUGGAUUGGGCAAAAGUACAAGUUUAUAAAUCUAAAGCUCCUUAUAUACACUGAUGCUGAAUUUUCUUUUUUGUUGGUGGUGCUCUUAAGUACACAAGAAUUGCAUUUCUGAGUCAGACACUAGGCAUGUCUUGUUGGUGCUGAUACGUCUACUUUCUUGGGGCUGUAAGAAAAUAUGGCUUGUGGUAUCUCAGCAGUCCCUUUUUUGCAUGUUAUAUAUCUUCAGUAUGUGAGCAAACUGUGCAAGGCAAGAGGAGUAUCCUACCAUGAGUUGUGCUUGUUGGCCUCUUCAUUCUGGGAGGUUUUGGUGUUGGUAUGUGUCUGUGGUAUGUGUAUUUGAAAUAGAAGGUAUACAAAAUACAGUCAUACCUUGGUUCUCAAACUUAAUCCGUUCCGGAAGUCCAUUCAACCUCCAAAACAUUCUGGAACCAAGGCGCAGCUUCCUAUUAGCCACAGGAAACUCCUGCAGCCAAUCGGAAGACGCAAUGGACGUUCGGGUUCCAAAGAACGUUUGCAAACCGGAACAAUCACUUCCAGGUUUACGGCAUUUGGGAGCCUAAACAUUCGACUUGCAAGGCAUUCAAUUUCUGAGGUACAACUGUAACUUUCUCUGGCACAGGACUCUGUCCUUAUCUCCCUGAUACUUCCCGCUGCAUCUGCCCUGCCCACCUUUAGCCACUUUUGAACAAGCACUACAAAGCUGUCGCUACAGUAACGCACAGGUGAAGAAGCUGAAGUAGACGAGGGGAAAGAGAAAUUCUUCUUGGCUAUUUGGCAUCGCCUUGUUGAUGAACCCAGUUUUCAAUAGCGCAGCUGUUCGCUAGAUGUUUGCAUCUCUUGACUCCCAAACAUUUUUAUUCAGUGCAUGUUACGGGAAAUGCUGCUGAGACACCAAAGUAGCAGGUUCCGGCAGGAAAAUAUUCAUUGUACCGGAAAAAGCAAUUGCUCAGCGGGAGGCUUUCAGUUCUUUGCUCCUGUAUAUUCUGAUUCCGAGUAACUACAUACUUCAUUCAAGUGCUUCUCUGCCUUAUCUUGAAGGUAAAUUGUGUGGCACCAAAAUAGGUUGCUCUUGACUUCCUGCUAAAUACUUUGGGCCAGUUCUCACUGCCAAACUGAAAUCUGCAUGAAAGCAGAUUGCUACCAUGAAAGCGGGUUGCUAGUGGUCCGAGGCUUUAAAUAAGUGUCAUCUAACUUGAUUAGUAUGUUUCUUCCUUAGCAAUUCCUGUAGCUCGGUCAAAACUCUGUGCUAGAGCAUCUUCUUUACAUCUAGAAGGACCCUGGUCCGGUCCCUGGCAUCUCCAGGUUGGGCUGGGAGUGAUGCUGUUGGCAUCCAUCUGUCUCGGAAAUGAUGGAGGAGUGCCUUUGCAGGUGAAGUCAAAUGUUGGAGAGUUACAGUGCAUGUGGUAGUCUUGUAGUAAGGUUACAGCUUUCUGGGAAAUGAUAUAUAAUGAAUUGAAAAGGAUGUUUAAAAUAACCUUUGUUUAAAAAAAACCACCAGAAGCUUUUCUUUUGGGAAUUAUAGGGACAGAACUACCUAAAGUGUAUAGAAAUUUAUUUGUGUAUGCGACUACAGCAGCAAGAAUGCUCCUUGCCCCAAAGUGGAAAGAAGCAGAAGUUCCAGCAAAGGAAGAAUGGAUACAAAAACUUACGGAAUAUGCAGAAAUGGCGAAACUUAACCGGAAGAAUAAGACAUCAAGAUAGCAAUUUUUUAAUAAAUGAAUGGAAAUAGUUUAUUGAAUAUUUACCGAUAAAUUAUAAACCGCUAAAAACAUUGGUGGGGUUAUUGUAAUAACCUGCAGUUUCAUAGGAAUAUAUAUUUAAAGUAGAUAAUUAAAAGAGCAAAUUAAAUGAAUUUGAGAUAUGCAGAAGAUAUUAAAAAAUAAAUUUAGGGAACCGCAGAAGGAGGGGAAAGGAAGUCAAACCUUGAAAUGUUAAAACGAUUGUAAAAUUAAUGAAAUGUAGAAAUUCGAAAAGUAUAAAUAAAUAAAUAUUUUAAAAAGAGUUACAGUGCCUGCAGUCGCUGUAGAGACCGAUAUGGGGGAGGCUUGUUUUGUUGCAGUUGGGGCAGAUGAAGGCAUCUGGUUGGGCUGCUGCAGAAGCAGCACUGUGCUAUUUCCUCUCAUUGCUCCUCUGCUCACUGCUGUGGAUACACAACCUGUCGGUCUGUCUCCAGGCACUGCAGUUGUCUGCAUGAGCUUCUCCUACCUUCCGUCUUCCUAUGCCCCCUCCCCUAUUCUCUAUGGAGAACUCUUCAUAUGAGUUGUUAAUAAUAAAAAAUGCAUCAUCUAAUGACCAGCAAUUUGGAAGCUAAUCUCAGUCAUAUGCCUUGCUCCUUCCCCGAUCUUCAGGCAAAACUGUUUAUUCGUGAAAUGUUCGCUCAUUGCUUUGCUGUUCCUGUUGUAAAAGGAACAUUUGUUUUGAAAGAAGAAGAAGAAGAAGAGGAGGAGGAGUUUGGAUUUGAUAUCCCGCUUUAUCACUACCCGAAGGAGUCUCAAAGCGGCUAACAUUCUCCUUUCCCUUCCUUCCCCACAACAAACACUCUGUGAGGUGAGUGGGGCUGAGAGACUUCAAAGAAGUGUGACUGGCCCAAGGUCACCCAGCAGCUGCAUGUGGAGGAGCGGAGACGCCAACCCGGUUCCCAAGAUUACGAGUCUAUCGCUCUGAACCACUACACCACACUGGCUCAGCCCUGCUUGCCACAGGCAUCUGGUUGGCCAUGGUGAAAACUGGAUUCUGCGCUAGGUGGGCCUUUGUCCUGACCCAGCAGGGCUUUUUUAGGUUCUUGGGCAAAAUUGUGCCUGAUAAGGAGAAGUGGGCUUAUGACCAGUGCUGCCAGGUUCUGCUGAAAACGGGAAUAAGCGGUGUCACAUAAGAACAGUGUACUGGAUGAAGCCAAUGGCCAAUCUAGACCAGCCUCCUCUUCUCACGGUAGCCAUAGUUGUCUGUGGUAAACCCAGAAACAGAACAGUGCUGUCUCCACUUUUGAUGGGCAGGCAAUUCUGUAUCUGUACAGUGUGCUUCCUCAGUGAUGUACCGUAUUUUUGCUCUAUAAGACUCACUUUUUCCCUCCUAAAAAGUAAGGGGAAAUGUGUGUGCGUCUUAUGGAGCGAAUGCAGGCUGCGCAGCUAUCCCAGAAGCCAGAACAGCAAGAGGAAUUGCUGCUUUCACUGCGCAGCGAUCCCUUUUGCUGUUCUGGCUUCUGAGAUUCAGAAUAUUUUUUUUCUUGUUUUCCUCCUCCAAAAACUAGGUGUGUCUUGUGGUCUGGUGCGUCUUAUAGAGUGAAAAAUACGGUAUGUCUUAUCUGCAUCCUCAGUGACUUUUGAGAAACAUCCAUCUAGGCUGUAAAGGCAGUAAGAGCAACCCAACUGACUUUCCAAACAACACACAGCGGAGAAUGGAAAUAACCAUAUGGUGUUGGAAAUAUUAGCCUGGUAUAAAAUAACCAAAAUGAGACCUUUGUCUCUGUAUAAGUGAGGCGGGUGCUGUGGGAGUCUGGAAGAUCCACCCUGCUGCUUUUCAGCAUGAACCAUUUUCCAAAUCAGUUGUCAAGUUUACUUAGCGUCAAUUUGUAAUCACGGAGAGACUCUGCUUGCUAAGGGAAGCAAGGCACUUUGUAAGAGAUUUUGCUAGUUUUAGCUUUGCAGUAGAACAGCUUUGGAGAAAGUAAAGUUCUCUUCAGUGACUUUCAUGAAAUUUCCUUGCUUAUACAUUUGUUUGUUUGUGUGUGUGUGUGUGUGUGUGUGUGUGUCUAAAUCUUCUUUUUUAAAUGUUCUUAAAUGUGCUUGGAAGGAAUUGUGCAAAACAGCGUCCUCUGUGCAUGCAUGUUCCCUUUGCCCUAUUUAGAAAUGACCUUGUGCCUAAUGGAAAAUUACACUACAAAACAUGACUCUAUAUUUGAUUAAUAGCCUCUCAUGGCACCACACUACUUUUAAAUUUUAGUGUUAUUUUCCCAGUUCCACAGAGGUCUGUCAUUCCGAGGACUUCAGUUGUCUGACUUUGUCCAUCGCCCUGAAAGGUCUUCCCCCAACAGUAGCGUUUGGUUUUGUCUGAAGCUGUAAUUGCUCUCUGGGAAGCAUCCAAGUGAUGUUUGUGAUUUCCGUGAAUGCCAUUUCUUCUGUCAUUUUCUGUCAGCUGAGCUGCAUCUUUUGAUGGAUUUAACUGGUGAGUGUUUCAAAACAUCUCCCAUAUGCUUUGGCAUGGCUAAGAGAUAGCAGUGGAUACUUGCUCUUCACUCUUCUGAAGCCAAAAACCUUUACAACAAGAACAGCCCCCACCCCAGAUUUAUCCAAAAGAAUACUAGACUAUUCUGGAAAGAAGCGACUUUUUUUUCGUGUCACACUGCCAAAAGAAUACAAUUCUCUAAUGACUAAUUUGUACUGAAGAUUCAGACACAGAGCUGGCUUGUUUGCAUAGUCUGUAAUCGUUUAUAUCUUGAGUAUUUAAAUAGAUGCAGAUUACUUCUUUUAAAAUUCUCCAGCAUUUCCCCAUGCAGAUGUCAUAUGAAAUCACUUGGAAGUUAUAGAUCUGAACCAGACUUACUUCACAACCUCCAAAUGGUACUGACUUUCAGUAUAUAGCCUCCUCAAUCAUCAUCCCAUGUGCAUUUACUUGAGAGAACCCAAUUGAACUUGUUGGGAUUUACUUCCAAGUAAACAUGCAUAGAAUUGCAUUGUUAGUCCAAGUGUAGAUUCUCCAGAAUCUUUGGAAGUGGGAGGAGAUAGAUGGGAUGCCCUUAAUUUGGGCAUCUUCCUGCAUGAUCCCUGGCACCCAUUUCCCAAGUGUCCCAGCGCUCAAGUUCCCAGCAUUGCACUUGCGAUUUGAAGAACUUAUGUCUCUCAUCAUGUAUUUUCGGGUAGGAUUUAAUCCCAUACUGGCAAAUUCAGGUUGUGUAAUUAAAAAUGUUUUGGAGCUUUUGUGCAACGAACCGCCUUCCCCCAGAACACCCGCCCCAUUUUUUGCAAUAAGGAAAGGGACAGAAAAAUGCACUGGAAAGUGUGUGAUAACAUUUGCUUAGUGCAAUGUUGUUUGACCUCUCCACAAAUCAGAAGGGGUGUUCAGUGAAUAGUCAAUGUCAUCUAUCCCCCACCUUCAAAUCAGGAUGGAUGCGCAAUAAAAAGGUUGCCUCUGGAAGCAACCUUAAUUUAAUUCACACAUGCUUGUGACGUUAACAUAUGAGUGCUGGAGAUGAAAUAGUUAAACAGGUUGCCCAGUCAGGACCCAGGGGGGUGGAGUCAGUGGGACUAUAAAACCAGCUCUGGGAGGGGAAAAGGAAGGAGUUUGUGAGGAGUUCGUUGGGAGUUGGUUGGUUGGUUGGAGUGGGAGUGAAUUGGGAUAGAGUCUGUGGGUAGGUUGAGUUAGUGUAACGAAAUAAGCUGAGUCAGGAACAGUUAGGGGCUAGGAAGACAAGUGAAUACAGUGGUGCCCCGCAAGACGAAUGCCUUGCAAGACGAAAAACUCGCUAGACGAAAGGGUUUUGCGUUUUUUGAGUCGUUCCGCAAGACGAAUUUCCCUAUGGGCUUGCUUUGCAAGACGAAACGUCUUGCGAGUUCUUGCGAGUUUCUUUCCUUUUUCUUAAAGCCGCUAAGCCGUUAAUAGCCGCUAAGCCGCUAAUAGCCGUGCUUCGCAAGACGAAAAAACCAAGACGAAGAGACUCGCGGAACGGAUUAAUUUUGUCUUGCGAGGCACCACUGUAUCUGAGAGGUGGUUUAGUGAGUGAGAGCAGGUAGCAGAAGUUAUAGGUCUGGAUAGGCACCCCAUGAAUGUAAUUGACUGAGACCGUUUAUGAAACCACACGCUUGUUAAACUGCAAUAAAUAAACAGAAGUUUAUGUUCCAGUUUAACCCUGACUGGACUCAGUAUUGUACCAGGUAGGGCCUGGGUGGUGGCAGCGAGAAAUAAAGUGGUGGCACAGGAAUCAAUAGACGGUGAAAUGUCCGGGACCCUGUGUGAUCGCCACAGUGCUCUUUAAAGGAAAACUGGUGGGCCCACAAAAAGGCCUAAAUUGGAGGUGGUGGUGUUAAUUAAAUUUGGAAAUUGUUUUAUCCAGCUCAAGGCAGCCCAGAACAACCAAACCAACAGACAAUAAAACCCAAAUAGGAACAUUAAAACCAAGAGGAGAGAGAAAUACAUUAAAAACAUCCCACCUACUUCUAAAAGGCCACCAAUAGUUAAAGGCCAAAGGCCUUGUUAUAGGAGAAAGAUUUUGCCUGGCGCCUAAAUAUAUAUAAUUAUGGCAUCAGGUGAGGCUCCCUGAGGAAAGCAUUCCACAUCCACAAAUGGGGAGCCACCACAGAAAAGGCCGGUUCUGGUGUUCCCACCCUCCAGACCUCUUCAAAGAAGGGCCUCAGUUGAUGAUCACAGGGUCUGGAUCAGUUCAUCUGGGGAGAGGCAGUGCUUGCGGUCUAAAUGCCUAUGCGCAGCAUAGCCUAAAUGCCUAUGCGCAGCAUAGGAGCAAGGAGUUUCCUCAUGUUUUAUUGAACUUUCCCUCCCACCAAACUCAUAGUCAGGUAUAUGACCUUGAAGACUUAGUCACUCAUUAGAAGCAGAAUAGUCUCAGGGAAAGGCUGUAACACUUCACAGGUCCCAAGCUAUAGAGGGUUUUAAAAGUCAAAACCAGUUCCUUAUAUCAAGCCUGGAAAAGGCAGCCAGUGCUGAUUAAAUAAAAUGAUGAUAAUGCACAUUUCAGCUUUAUGAUGUUGAAAGAGAGGAGAUUGGUUUAGGCAGUGCUUUUUUCUGGGGGGGGGAGGGGACUCAGGGGUACGCAUACCCCUAAACAUUUUGUGAAUCUUUGUACUUUGGUCCCUUUACUGUAUUUAUUUUUCCCAAUUUGAACUACAAAAUGGUGAUUUUUCUUGAGUCAAAAUGAGAGUACCCCUAAACAUUUUUUUAAAGAAAAAAAGCACUGGGUUUAGGUAUAUAUGUACUUCAUUAUGAUUUUUUUUAAAAAGAGAGGUGUUGGACUGAAUAUGCACUUGCUGCUGUUGGAAAGAUCAUAUUCUCAAAGCAGCAGCAUUCUAUGAAAUUUUAAAGUGAGCAGUUUGACAAACUCAGAUAAUGAUACUGCGUAUUUAUAAAUGAAACAUGGGAUGAAUAAAAUAUGGCAGUCCCAUUAAGAUGCAGUUUCUGGGACAACAAGUGAAUGUUUGAUAAGACACAGCGUUACUGUGCCAGAUCCUUCUUGUCUCUUCAUCUCAGAGUUAACUUCCAUGGUGAAACCUCCACAGAGCAGUGCAAAGGUAAAACGUUUGGGAUAUUGGUGGUUAAGUAUCAGCCAGACAAUGCUUUCACAAAGGUACUCUUCAUUUUUUAAAUUUUUUUUACAUCUUUCUGUGUUUUUCAAAAUAUCUUUGUAAAUUUUAAAACAGCACAUUUUUCAUUAUUCUUACAAAAUUAUGUUGAUGAAGAAAAUGUUUUACUGUUCAGAUCAUACAGCAAGUAUAGACAUAAAGACUUGGCCAAGAUAUUCCAGUGAAUCCUAGCUGAACAAGAAUUUGAACAGAGGACCUCCCUGUUGAACCCUAAUGCUCUAUUUUUAUCGAUUGCACUAGGCUCUUCGUUUAGGAAAAGCAUCAUACAAGCACACUCAGAUAUGCAUGACAUCUACGGCAGCCCUCCAGUGCCAGACUGCAACUCCCUUCAUCCCUGAUGAAUAACAUUGCCCCUGCUGGCUGAGGCUGAAGGGAGUUCAAGUCCCACAACAUCUGGAAGGGACCACAUUGACUAUCUCUCCUAUAGACACUGUGAGCUGAAAACUGAACAACUUAGGAAUUAAACCUCUCCAGUGCUUUAGGUUUCUUCUACGGCUUCCACCUCAAAUGUUACCUGAAUGCUUGCUUACUCUUUGACUUUGAAUUUUAUAAUAGCCUGCAGGAAUGGCUUUAUUUUAAAGAAGGUUGCAUAAUUUUGUGUUGGUGAAGAUAUUUUGAGACCGGAAUGCAUUUGGGCUUUUGAUAUCUGUUUAGCUGCAUGCACCAUACUUUUGGAUUAACAAGCUGAUCGACCUUCUUCAUUGUCUGUUGGAUAUUGAUCGGUAUUCUGGUUCAGUUUGUUUAUUUAGUUUUUAUAAUUCCUAUUUUACAGUUUCUGCACCUAUUUCCCCCCCCCCCCAACCCCUUCAUUCGUUUGUUUUGUUUUAUGAUUAAGACUACAUCAUUUUCAUUUUGUUGAUUUGAUUUUCAAGGCAUUUUGCCGAGACAAGAAGAGCCAAGAGUACCCACCAUUGUGGAAUUAUUGCCUUCUCUUGUAAUUUCUGCUUAAACCAUUAGUGGGAGUGAAUGCUAAGUACAGUGCAGGUACACUAGAACGAAUCCUGUUAAGAGUAGAGAACCUUAGACCCUGUAGCAGUGGCGUAGCGUGGGGGGUGCAGGGGGGGCCGGCCGCACCGGGCGCAACAUCUGGGGGGGCGCGCUCGCACUCGCAGCUCUCUGCCCCUACCUGGCUCACUCACUCUCUCUCACUGCAGUGCUGGCUGUGCGAAUCCGAUCCGAGCCGCUGGGUCGCCGCCCACUGUGGAGGGGUGGGUGCCAGGCGUGCGGUGCGGAGAGAGAGCGAGGGACUAUCUGGGGGAGGGACAGUGCAGCGGCCACCCAGCGCAGCGCUGAGCGCGGGAGAGAACCACACCAGACCAGACCAGGCAGCAGCAAGAAGAAGCUGGCAGCGGCAGCAGGUUAGGGGUCGCAAAUUACUUGCCUUGCCCCGGGUUAGGGGGCGCAAAUUACUUGCCUUGCCCCGGGUGCUGACAACCCACGCUACGCCGCUGCCCUGUAGAAAUAACUAUACAGUAAUAGCAGGAGUAUCCUGUGAUGGUUAGGUGCAUUAUUCAUGUGAAGCUGUUUCCAUGUGCAGAAGAGGCAGUGAGGACAUGCCAAUGGCUGCCACUAUUGCAUAAUGGCUCUCAGUCCUGCCCACCUUAUAUCCAUGCAUUCAGUGUCACCAUCUCCUUAGGGGGAAGCCUUCAUGCAAAGGUUUUUGUAUGUUUAAAACCCCAGUCAUCAUGCAGGUUUCCAGAUGAGGUGGAAGUGUGUGUGUGUGUGUGUGUGUGUGUGUGUGUGUGUAGUGUUCUGGAUGGGGAGCUGUGCAAUAGCAGGAGCAGGACCAAUGGUAUGAAAUGGUGUUUAUAUAGCUAAUGCAAGAAGUAGGCUCAUAAGCGACCGUAACGAGAGGCAGGUAGUUGCGUGGCAAAAACCAGCAGAUCAGUAUACAGUGGUGCCUCGCAAGACGAAAUUAAUCCGUUCCGCGAGUAUCUUCGUCUAGCGGUUUUUUCGUCUUGCGAAGCAACCCUAUUAGCGGCUUAGCGGAUUAGCGCUAUUAGCGGUUUAGCGACUAUUAAAGGCUUAGCGGAUUAGCGGAUUAGCUGCUAAAAGGCUAUUAAAGGCUUAGCGGCUUAGAAAAAGGGGGGGAAAGCGAAAAAAAAAUCUCAAGACUCGCAAGACAUUUUCGUCUUGCGAAGCAAGCCCAUAGGGAAAUUUGUCUUGCGAAGCGCAUUGAAAAUGGAAAACCCUUUCGUCUAGCGGGUUUUCCGUCUUGCAAGGCAUUCGUCUUGCGCGGCACCACUGUACCAGAAGACUGCUCACCAUGCAUUAACAGCCAAGUAAGUUAAGCAGGCCUCUCUGUGGGCAGCCUAAUGUAUAAAACACCUCACCCCAUGUUUUCCUAAGCAUUAUUUUCUUCUUUUCUUUUAAAAUGAACUGUUGUGAUUAUGCUAACCAAUCUCUUGCAGGUGUGUGUGUGUGUGUGUGUGUGUUGUGUAUGUUUGGUGUUUUUUUUAAAAAAAUCUCUCCCUACAUUUCCCCACUUUUGUUUUUGACAGACUGUGUCUGUGAAGCAAGUUAAGGAUUUGGUUUUAGUAUAUUAUGAAAAGUGCACCCAUUUCCUAUUGUGUGUAGUAAGAUUCCCUGCCUGGUUAAGCUCUUUCAGCAGCUCAGUGUUGUGUAGUCAAUUGGUGCCUUUUGCUCAAGUGUUGACAAUGACAUGAAAUGUUUGCAGUGUUGCUCACCAGGACGUCUUGUGAUUCUACAGAACAACGUGCUUUGGCACCUGAUGUUUUGAAGAGCGUUUUAUUUUAAAUUCCUUAAAACACAGCAUCUCAAAUCUUUUAAUUUGCCUGCUUGCAAGCUUGCCUAUUGAGCCUUGAAAUAGUCUGCCUUGAAGCCCCAAUCUGCAUUCUCCUUGGUUUCUUCUGUUUCCCUUCCAAGAGCAGGCAGAAAAUGGCUGCUCACCCAGUCCGGCAGAGGGCGUCGUUUGUGGCCCGGUGCUGGGCUUUCCCAUCCUUCCAGCCAUCGCUCCGCUCCCCUGACCAUCGCGGAGCCUACUGGGUUCCUGUCAAACCCAGAUUCAAAUUCUGGCCUAUCCGCGGCGGCCUGGGGGGCUACUGGAGCAGACCGAGUCAGGGCAGACUUCACUCUGGUCUGCUCUUGGAGAACAAAAAGGGCUGGAGCUACUACAGUCGGCCCCAGUGCGACUCUAAGGUGUUUUGCCGUUAAAUAUUGGUGUCAUAAUAACCCUGAGUUUGAAAACUGGCCAUGGACUUUAUAGCACCAUCAGGAGGAGACAUGUUUAUAGAAAAAUCACUGUUUUACAGCAGCUUGUCAUUUUUAUAAAAAGUGAACAGCUAAAAGAUAUUAAUUUGGUGGUUUCCUCACUGCAAAAAGCGAAGAAAUCAAAUUAUCAUCAUCAUCAUCUUAGGAUAUGGCUGAGGUCACACAAUUUACAGAAUGAACAUGGGAAUAAGCCACAUGCAUAUCACAGAUAAGACCAGGAACACAUUUGUAAUAUAUCAUUCUUUCUUUUUUUUUAAAGAAUAUUUAUAAAUUUUCAGUGGAAAAGUACAAAGGUUAAUGGCAAUAACAAUGAAGAACAAACAUUUCAUUAUAAGUUGCAAUCCGGUUCAAAACAAUAGAAAAGAAAAAUAAGGAAAUAAAGUUAAUUGGCUCAAUCUAGAGUACUGAGCCACAACUGUCAGUGUGUGGCUGGAGGAAUGCAAAUGUCUUUUUCUUUAAUUGCAAAGGAGAUAAAAAUGUACCAGGUGUUUUGAAACUGAUUGUUCCAGUUCCAUUUUGCAGAGCUGUAGUUGGUGUGACCAUUUCUCCAUCAGUGCUCUGCCCCAGACCUCUUGGUACCACUGAUGAAAAAUGGUUUGUUACAGGAGAUUUCCAUUUUUUAGCAAUGACUAGUUGUGCUGCAAUAGUCUGUUCUCAUUGCUGAAAGCAGCAUUCUGUCUGUUAUAGUCAUGCAAUAACUUGUCCUGCUCUGCUUUAAGAGCAGGGAAGCGUUUGUUCUUUAGAUUAAAGAUGUCUUCAGAAGAAAGAAAGAAAGCAAACUUGCCCUGCUGCUAUCGGCAACUCAAAACGAGCCUCACCAACAUUUGAAAUGGUAGGUUUGUGCACUGUGAGGUGUCUUAAUGUACAUAUGAAUGCAUAAAUGGGCAUAGACACUCAAGGUUUAGCUUCUAGAGACCCUGAGAAGCAUGUUGUUAGAAGAUAGAUGCAGGAUAUUGAAAAGCAAAUUAAUUUUUUUCCCCAAUGGGCAGAAAUAAGGACAAAAUGGAGAGUGUUUUACCAGGGCUGGGUUCCAGAAAAUAGAGACUGCUCUAAUAAAGAAGGAGAAGUGCAGUACAUACACUUAUUAUACAGAGAGAAUGACAGAUAAAGUCUUGAACUAGGUAAGUGAGAUUGUUGUUGUUUAGUCGUUUAGUCGUGUGUGACUCUUCAUGACCACAUGGACCAGAGCACGCCAGGCACUCCUGUCUUCCACUGCCUCCUGCAGUUUGGUCAAACUCAUGCUGGUAGCUUCAAGAACACUGUCCAACCAUCUCGUCCUCUGUUGUCCUCUUCUCCUUGUGCCCUCCAUCUUUCCCAACAUCAGGGUCUUUUCCAGGGAGUCUUCUCUUCUCAUGAGGUGGCCAAAGUACUGGAGCCUCAGCUUCAGGAUCUGUCCUUCCAGUGAGCACUCAGGGCUGAUUUCCUUCAGAAUGGAUAGAUUUGAUCUUCUUGCAGUCCAUGGGACUCUCAAGAGUCUCCUCCAGCACCAUAAUUCAAAAGCAUCAAUUCUUUGGCGAUCAGCCUUCUUUAUGGUCCAGCUCUCACUUCCAGGUAAGUGAGAUAGGCAGGUCUUUUUCUCAGCUGGAAAAACUCACUGGAAUUCAGUUCCAGCACUUCUCAGGUGGGUGCCAUUGCCAUUAUAAGAAAACAAGGUGAGUUCCAGCAACUCUUUUUCUAAAAGGAAAAAGGGGGGAAAGUGCUGGAGAUAGGAACAACUAAAGCCUUGAACUAUAGUAAGAGUUUCAGAAGACACACUGGGGGGAAACAGAACCCCCCGAUGUGAUAUAUGCUUUAAAAAUAAAUAUUGCUUUAAUGUGGAUAUUUUGAAGCAUUAGACCCCCCAAAAUCCAACUUGAUGGGAGCAUGUACUGGAGACCCACCCUGAACCUUUCUUCCCAGCGCUCCAUCAGCUGUAAGCAUAGGAGUUGCUUCCGUCCUGCCAAGAACUGAGGAAAGGCACCUUAACAGCCCCACCCCCAAUCUCUGGCAUAUUGCCCCCUUCAUCUCUCCAUCUCUGACCUAUUGCCACCUUGAUGGUUUCAGCUGUUAGCCCAUGAGUGGGGAACCUUUUGAGCUCCGUGGGCCCAAUACUUACUAGUUCUUGUUUAUGGGCCAAAUUUGACAUGUUAGUUGCAUUGCUAUCACAUGCUUUGGACACCAGUCGAAAUCCCUUGCGCCACAGUCUUAAAGUGGGGGGACAUUUGCAAAGGCUUUUGCGAGCCUCCUCCCACACUCCUGGAAAGGAGGCCCUUUUACACAGCCGAGAUACGAUUUUGAAAUGGGCUCAAAAAAUAAUAAUAUUGCAUCAUGAUCAAGCAAGCCAAUAUUGCACUGAGUUGAAAAUCUCAUUAUCUUUCACAGUGAUCUGUUAGUUUUCUUGGCCAGAUGGUGCUUUCUGCUUCUUUGAAGAAUAUCUUCCUUGUGGGAAAGAUUGUAGCUGGGCGGUACAGCCUUGUUUUGCGGGCAGAAGGUCCCGUCUCAUUUCCCGGCAUCACCAUGUGGGUGGUGGGAGAGGCCAUGGCCUGGGAGCUACUGGCAAUCAGGGUAGAGAUCUGAGGGAGGCAUGGCAAGGCCCUGAGUCAACAGAUGAUUGACAAGUGAUGUCACCUGAUUGGUGAAGGGUUGCUUGGUGGGACAAGAUUGUCCCACAAGCCCAGUUUCCCCACUUCCUGGGGUAGACAGUACUACAGUGGUACCUCGGGUUAAGUACUUAAUUCGUUACGGAGGUCCGUUCUUAACCUGAAACUGUUCUUAACCUGAAGCACCACUUUAGCUAAUGGGGCCUCCCGCUGCCGCCGCACCACAGGAGCACGAUUUCUGUUAUCAUCCUGAAGCAAAGUUCUUAACCCGAGGUACUAUUUCUGGGUUAGUGGAGUCUGUAAACUGAAGCGUAUGUAACCUGAAGCGUAUGUAACCCGAGGUACCACCGUAGAUGGAAAAAUCAACUUCUUAUUACAAGGUAGCUCUCUGUGUUCCUGAUAACAUCACCUGGGAUAGCUCAAUUAGUAGAACAUGAGGCUCUUCAUCUCAUAUGAGCCGCAUGCUGGGUGAAAAAUUCCUGCAUUAUAAUUAUUAUUAUUGUAAUAAUUAUUAUUAUUUCCCCAGCCACUCUGGGCGGCUCCCAACAGAACACUAAAAACAGAAUAAAAGAUCAAAUAUUAAGAAUUUCCCUAAACAGGGCUGCCUUCAGAUGUCUUCUAAAAGUCAGAUAGUUGUUUAUUUCCUGGACAUCUGAUGGGAGGGUGUUCCACAGGGCAGGCGCCACUACCAAAAAGGCCCUUAUAAGGGGUUGGGCUAGAUGACCCUUGUGAUCCCUUCCAACUCUACAAUUCUAUGAUUCUAUGCCUUAAAGAUGCAAGCUUUUAAGAAUUUAAUAAGUCACAGUAUAUGACAAAGUCAUAUUUGGAGCACAGCAUGUCUGCCACUACAAAGCCAUAGUUUGGAAAGGGAAAUGAGACCACCUCGUUGUCAAGAGAGACACUUGGGAGUUAAAUAUGCCACGCAGUUGAGGCUCAGGAUUGUGACCCAGUUUCUCCUUCUCUCGGCCUCCUGUUUUGAGGCUUUCAGAGCGACGAGUCGCCUGUCUCACACAGCAGAAAGCCUGGCUCUUGCUUUCGAAAGAACCCGCUGCGUGGCUUCCCCCGACUCGAGGUUAUUAAAUUCAUGUGAAAACUUGAGUGAGUGAGUCAGAAGCUAUGUGAGUGUGGUUGAGUAUGCAAGCCCUUGGGUAAACAAGAGGGAUAAAUAUAGUUGAUAGCUUGUGUGCACUAGCCUGGAAAACUGACGAUCUCACUGACUGAAGGCAAACUUUCAUCACAGUGUCCUUCUCACCUUUUCUGCCCAGACUGUGCCGCAUAGAAUACUCUGUGCAUGCAUGCGUUGUGUGCGCCUGCCAGAGAGAGCGAGGGUUCUGUGUGCUCUUUCACUUUUACGAGGCUACCUUAUUUACACCGACAUUGGUUUGUAGAUACAGGGCAUAUGUCAUAAAGUUCACUGGGCUUCCGCUGGGGACUGUGGGUCAGGCAUUGACUCUGUGCAGUGCUGGGUCUGCUGCUUAGGGAAGAGAAAUCCUGCUGGCUAUUUGCUUCAUUCAUUCAUUUAGACUAAGUAAUAAUAAUAAAUAAAUAAGAAUAAAAAAGUGCACCCACUACCGAGACCAUUCCAUUGUAACUAUCCAACCUCCCAAAACUUCAACACCUCUUGCGAUGGUUUGACCCCUUUCCAUUUUAACAGUACAGAUUCUACAAACACGCUCCAUAUCUCCUCAGAAUCAUUUCUCCUGCAUAUUACCUGCCUUACCUUAAUGGCACAUGUUAAUUUAUCAUCAAUAGCUAUAUCCCUCACCUCUUUAUACCAUUCUUACAUUUUAUAUGCUGCUUUCCCCUUUCACUUCCUGGCUAUAAUAAUUUGUGCAGCUGUCAGUAAAUUUGUGAGCAAGUCCUUCGUAGCCUGUGAACCUUCCACCCCAUCGUAAUUUGAUAAUAAUGCUACCUCUGGACUUUUGGUCAGCUUUAACCCAGUGAUUUCUGUUUUGCCCCCCAAAAUUGUGCAUAUUUACACCCCCACCACAGGUGAACAUAAUUCCCUGUUUCCUAGAAUCCCCUCCAACAGGGUAUUUGCUUCUGCCAGUCCUGAAUAAGGCAGAGGUCACUUGUAGCUGGAGCAGGAUAGAGGUGGCAGCUUAGACCCUCAGGGGAGCUGUCAAGUGGAACCCAGAAAUGAGGAUUCCCCACUGAGUUACACCAGUGACCAGGAGACAGAGGAAUUCUAUAGCACACAUGGGAGCCUCAGCUCUUCCCAGAGCCAAGCAGGCCCAGAUCUGGAGUAUACUUCAGUGCUAGCCUUAUCCCAAGUAAGGGUCAAAAAAGCCAGGAGGUUCAGUCUGCCAUGUGGGUAUCCUUGGACUUUCACACAGGUCUGAUUACCUGCCAGGGAUCGGCAGGACGCUGGCGAGUGUGCGCCAGGGGAAGGGGGACUGGUGUCUGACUUGGGAGGAGGGGGAAGUGGUUUGUGGUGACCUGUACAACCCAGGAGGCAAGAAUCAGAGGCAGGGGAAACUUCAGAGCUGGAGGGUGGAGCACAGGAUGGGUUGGAAAAAGAGGAGGAAGAAGGCAGAUCAGACAAGUGAAGGACCGGGUGCUUCCCCACCCUCUCCUGCACCACUGCCUCCCAGAACCAAGAGGGGACUUAAAAGGGAUGAGCAAUGGAAGUUUCCAUGCAGGCGUAGUCUCUAGCUGUGCCCGUGGGAAGCUACAUAAACUGAUGGAGGGGGAGUGUCAGGGGCUGGACAGAGGAGGAAUGGUGGGAACUGCCCCCUCUUCUCCUGGACCUUCCCAGGAACAGGAGACGGUAUAGAUUUAGAUCAUUGGUUUGCAGAAGGGCAUAGUUCAGAGGCUGCAGAGGGCAGAAGCUGGGAAAUAUUGGAAGAGGAGGAGGAGGAGGAAGAAGAAGCAGAAGAAGCAGAAGCACAAGAAGAACCAGGGGAGAGACAGCUGACAGACUCAGUGUCCAUGGAAAGCAUUCCUGACCCCCCUUCUCCCAGGACCAGGCAGGCAUUGAGGGUAGGAGAACAGAGAGCUCAGAGGCAGAAAACUCAGAUUAGCCGAUGCAGGGGUGACGUAGAGUAGGGGAGACGGAGAGGGAGUGGGACUUUACUUGGAGCAACACCAUUUCUAGAGAGAAACCACAUUCCUUUGUCUCUCGCUGUGGUUAUUGACUAGACUAAUGGGUAAGAACUCAUCUUUUUUAUCUGUUUCUUUGCUGCCACUGGGGGAGGGAUCUGAUUCCCCGAAGCCUGACAGGGGGUGGUCCUCUGUUACUGCAACUGCUCCAUAAGAGCACCAACCAAUAGGUCUCCAGAACUGCGUAGAAGUGACUUUGACAAUAAAGAGUUAACUCUCAGUUGGGAAGUACCUUUGACAUCACCUCCGCUCCUGUGGGUUUGUGGGUGUAGCAAUUUGCCAAAGAUCUUAAUCAUGUCCCAUCAUUUAAACUAAAUUCCUAAGGGGAAAAAUUGUGCUGAUCAUGCAAAGUUGUUCCAUUCUUCAUGGAGUGAAUAUUGAAUGAGAUGUCCUGGGAGUUGCUGUGCUAGAUGGAGAUACACUGGAAUUAUGAUAAAAUCCCCAGCUUUGGUUGGAUCACAUGCCACAUGUUUCUUCCAUGCAUAGACUGAUGAUGGUGGUGGUGGUGGUGUGGUUUUACAUAGAAUAGAAACACGGCUACAGUCUGAGAGAGCCAGAAAAGGGUGUGUGAAAACUCUGACCUGUGUUUUGUUUUUAUUACGCGGUGUAGGCAGAAUUACAUCUAAAUAAAGCAUUUAUAGGGUGUUAAAUUUCUGCGUCAUUAUUGGUACUGUCUCUUUAUUAGUGUCUUUUGGCAUAGGAAGCAAUGCUACAUUUUAAAUAUUUUUACCAGUCGUCACUAUGUCUUGGGUGGUAGCAUAGAAUUUUCAACUCUGUAGAAGCUUUAGGAUUUUUUUUUUUUUUUUACCAAAAGGAAAAAAUAAAUAAAGCUGUUAUAUAUGAACCUGUGUUUUUCAUCUCUUACCUUCUGCUUGUGUUUCUCUUUAAACAUUUCAUUUUUGAUAGUAGAUUACACUAAAACCAAGGUUUUAAGUAGGUGACUUUUUUAAAAAAAGAACAAAAAAGUUCCAUUCUCCUUAACAGAAUAUAACUUCAAAAACACAUGAAUACUUAAUUGUGAGUUUGCAGACAUUAAAAUAUUUUAAAUAUUCCAUAUAUACACUGCAGACGUAUAUUAAAGCAAAACAAAAUCUAAGUUGAAAUGCUAAAUUAGUAUCCUUCUGUUUACUACCGUAUUUUUCGCCCUAUAGGAUGCACUUUUCCCCCUCCAAAAAUGAAGGGGAAAUGUGUGUGCGUCCUUUGGGGCGAAUGCAGGCUUUCGCUGAAGCUUGGAGAGUGAGGGGGGUCGGUGCGCCCCGACACCUAUCGCACUCCAGGCUUCAGGAAGCUAUCCGCUAGCCGUGGGAGACGCAGCUCUCCCACAGCUAGCAGACAGCUUGCCGGCACCCAGAAGCUUGGGGCGCGCUGAGCUCAGCACGCCCCAAGCUUCGGGCUUCGCGCAGCACUCCGCUAGCCGUGGAAGAGCUGCACGACUUCGCACAGUUCUCCCACGGCUUGCGGAUAGCAGCCUGUUCUGGGGGCUGGGGUUGGGGGAAGCUCGGGCUUCCCCUGCCCCAGCCCCGCACCUGGGGGGGCAAUAAAAUUUUUUUCCUUUGUUUCCCCCCCAAAAAACUAGGUGCGUCCUAUGGGCCGGUGCGUCCUAUGGGGCGAAAAAUACGGUAAUUUAUUGGUAGAACAUUUGGUACAUUACGCGUAGUAAUAUCUAACUGUAUAAUCAGUGCUGCGGAGAAAAUUUAUAUUAUUAACUGAAAGAUUUUAAUUUAUUUUUUUUCUGUAUGCUGUUACACACUCCUUAACCUAUUUGCUUUUCUUCAUGUCUGAACACGAGGGAAAUUAAAUUGUAAAAGAGGGUGUGAAUUGUUGUUAACUGUAUUUCUGUGCCAUCUUUUUUCCACUGUGCCAAAUUUUUUGAUGAAUUGCAAAGAAAAUUUGAUCAUCCCAGAGGAUUGCAAGGCAUAAGCACACACAAACGUGUUGCCGUUCAACUGAUUAUUAGGAAACUACCUUCACAAAAUCACUUUUUUCUAAAUUAGAAUUUUAGGGUGUAGCUGCAAAGGAAGCUUACAUUUGCUAGUUGAAAAAAAACCCCACAGCAUAAUUCUGCUCCACGCAUCAAGAGGCAGUGAAUUACGUAUUGUUAAACAGGCAUGCCCUUUCACAAGCCUUUGACAACCUAUAAGGCUGGGUCAAAGUAUUUGGCUUAUAUGUUUCUGUCAAUUUGAGGGGAGGCAGUGAGAGAUUUUAUUUUCGUGGGCUCCAUGAUCACUGUAGAUGGUGACAGCAGCCACGAAAUUAAAAGACGCCUGCUUCUUGGGAAAAAAGCAAUGACAAACCUAGACAGCAUCUUAAAAAGCAGAGACAUAACCUUGCCAACAAAGGUCCAUUUAGUUAAAGCUAUGGUUUUCCCAGUAGUGAUGUAUGGAAGUGAGAGCUGGACCAUAAAGAAGGCUGAUCGCCAAAGAAUUGAAGCUUUUGAAUUAUGGUGUUGGAGGAGACUCUUGAGAGUCCCAUGGACUGCAAGAAGAUCAAACCUAUCUAUUCUUAAGGAAAUCAGCCCUGAGUACUCACUGGAAGGACAGAUCGUGAAGCUGAGGCUCCAAUACUUUGGACACCUCAUGAGAAGAGAAGACUCCCUGGAAAAGACGGUGAUGUUGGGAAAGAUGGAGGGCGCAAGGAGAAGGGGACAACAGAGGACGAAAUGGUUGGACAGUGUUCUUGAAGCUACCAGCUUGAGUUUGACCAAACUGCGGGAGGCAGUGGAAGACAGGAGUGCCUGGCGCGCUCUGGUCCAUGGGGUCACGAAGAGUCGGACACGACUAAACGACUAAACAACAACAACAAAAGUUAAUAGCCCUAAAAUAUUUGGCUGCUAUAUUUCAGCAGGUGAUAGUUGUUAAAAGAUUGCUUCUUGAUGCAGGACCACUCUGGAAUAUUCUGAAUGAGAAAACCUCUAUCAGAGAAAGGGGUAAGGGUCAUAUUUCUAAGGAUUGUACAACUAGAUCUGUGAAAGGGAACAAAGUUCUUUCACCUCUCACAUGGGCACCAUUGCCAUUAUAAGAGAACGAGGAAAGUGGUGAAUUCUAGCACCUCUUUUUCUAGAAAAAUAGCACUAUGUGUAUCCUGGAUUGUAAUCAGCAAUAUUCUUUUUCUCUUCCCAUAAAUAUAUACAGAAUUAUACGAGUGUGUACCUGUACAAUUACAUUAAAUUGUUAUUGUACCAUUGCUGCAUUUCAUAUUCCAUUUGACAUUUAAAGCAAAAUUUCACAUUGUGAAGCUAGGCACUGUGAAAAUACAAAUGCAGGAAGAAAUAUAAGUUUAUCAUCCAGUUUCAUUCAAAGGAGUAGCUAUUACCAUAAAAGAGACCAUAUUUAGUUCUUUAAAUUUAAAUUGUGACCUUUUAUACAAAGGUACUAUAGCGCUAUGUUGUGGGUGAUCUGUCAAAUGAGAACAUUUCUUCCUUAUGAGAACAAUAAUAUCUAAUUGCUAACAUUAAUAAUGAAAGGAAUACGAUUUUAAUUGCAGAUGUAAAUGUUUCAAAGAUUAGCUGCUCUCCUAUUUACUUUCUAUGUGCCAUGCCCAAUCUUGUAGACCUCUCUCACUUGCCAUCUUACUUGCCUUUUCUCCAAACAAAAACUUCACCGGGUGCAGAAGACAUGCAGAAGACAUGUGACUGUCACCUGAGGAAAUAGACAAAGAUUACAUAGCUGAUUCACUAUUCUAAUAGAUUACAUCAACCAUAUGACCUUUGCCUAUGUGAAAAUUGUCCAAUCCAUCUCUUUCACUUUACAAAGUUUUCAAUACACACACGGAAGAGUUCAAAUAAUCCUCAGAAUAUGUUUUUGAUGCUGCACAUUAAGUGAGGGCAUUUUUAAACAUAAUUUUCACAUGCUUUAUGUGGGUUGGUUCCCCAGAUGAGGACCAAAUCAAAUAAUGCAAACAUGAAGAGCUUUUGAUAGGUGUUAUUGAAACCAAGUCAGUAAAAAUUGCAUUUCUAAGAAGAAAAACAUAAGAAACAAGCAGCAGAGGAGGCAACUUCAGAUUGUUCCCACUGGGCCUUCCAUAAGUAGGCCAAAAGCAUCUUAGAUCUUCUUCCAGCUCCAUAGAGUAUAAAUGACACCAGUUUGCAGUACUUUGUGCUCAUUCACCCAUAAGGUAGACUUCAGGGAUUCUAGCCUAAUUGUGCAUAACUUUUAAGCACAGAGAACUUUAUACCGUAGAAGUUUAGAAGCAGAAGCUUGACUGAAAGUAGACUUUUCAAAUUGUUGUUAUGACGGUGAAUUUUCCCUCAUUAAUAUUUUGGCAUGUAUGCACAUGGUGGAUGUAUGGAACCCACUUAUUAUUAUCCCCCCCCCCCCGUAUAUAUGUUAUGUGGCAGGGUCACUGAUGUGACCUACCUUAGGGGAGGCCAAAUCCCAGUGGCAGAUCUUUCCCUACUUACUGGAGAACAAUAGUCUAAAACAUUUUCCCCUUCCUUAGAUGUCUUCUAAAGGUUGUGUAGUUGCUUAUCUCCUUGCUUGUGGGUCACAUAACUCCAUACCUUCCAACAGUUCGCCAGUGAAAUUAGGAACGUUCUAAGGAAAAGCAGGACAUUCCAGGAUCAAAUCUGAAACCAGGCUGGCUUUUGUAAAUCCAGCACUGUGCCUGGAAAAUAGGGAUAGCUGGGGGCGCGGGGGCGGGUCUGCUGUUUGUGUUUUUCUGUGAGGGCUAAAAAUAAAUAAAAUGAUAUGUAGAUACAGAAUUUGUUUCUCUCUUGCUCUUUUGAAUGAUUGAGUAUUCUGAAAAACCAUGUUGGAAAACUUUUUAAAUUACUUAGAUGAAAGAUCUUGUAAAGAUCUGGCUGAGAAUGUAUUUUUUUCAUAUAUAAAAAAUGAAACCAUUCUUUUCAACUGCUUGUGCAUUUCAGUAAUUUCAACAGGAGACUGAAGGACAAUCUGUGAAUGGACCUCCUGGGGUAUUUUUAUGAACUUCAAAGCAACUGAUGGGGGAGGGUUGCUGCUAAUUUUGACCCUGGAAGUGGUGAUGGAGGACAAGUUUUAACUUUUUCCUUCUGCUGUUUUCCUGAUUAAAAUCACCUCUCCCUCUGGAGCUGUGAUUAGGCUGGCUGGGGGGCAAAAGUCAGGUAUCCACAUUGAGAAUUUCAAUAUAGUAGCGCACGACUAAAUGACUAAACAGCAACAGUGGUAGGCAUGUGCCCAUUCUCUCUUCCCUCCCUCUUGCCAUAUCCCACUACAUCCAACAGUAUGGAUGAAGGUGUGUGGAGAACCAGAACAGAGAAAGUAGGGUUGGUCUUGCUCUUCCCUCCACAUAUUCUGGAUGCAUGGUUCACAUUGUGUAAACAGGACUUCUGUGUUCUGAUUUCCCUCUAUCCCAAAAUCUGUCUUUUUCCGUUCAACCUUCGGAAAGUGUCAGGGAGAUGAAAUGCAGGCAGCUUGUGAUGCAAAACAAAGAGGGGCUUUGCCCUGCCGGACUUAAAGUUGUAUUACGAUGCCGCAGCGUUCUGCUGGCUAAAAGAUUGGCUACUUCUUGAGGACACUGAUGUGUUAGAUUUGGAAGGGUUUAACAAUGUUUUUGGAUGGCAUGCAUAUUUAUGGUAUGACAAAGUUAAAGCAAAUAAGGCCUUUAAGAACCAUAUUGUCAGAAAAUCACUGUUUAAUGUCUGGACAAAAUAUAAAGACUUGCUGGAAAAUAAAACACCAAGGUGGCUUUCACCUUUGGAAGCUAAGGCCCGAAAAAGACCCAAUAUGGAGGCCAAAUGGCCAAAAUAUUGGGAAAUACUAGAAAAAGACGGAGACAAUUGGAAACUGCAGAGUUUGGAGAAAAUGAAAGACAAAGUGCGAGAUUGGUUACAUUAUGCUCAGAUUAAAGAAGUUUUUAAAAAUGAUAAGAAACUAGGGUUCCAGGUGGAGAAAUCGAAAUUAGAAACAGAAUUGUUAGAACCAAAGACUAAGAUACUUUCAAGGAUGUAUAACUUGCUGUUGGAAUGGAAUACACAAGAUGAAAUGGUUAAAUCGGCUAUGAUAAGGUGGGCACAGGAUAUUGGGCAUAAUAUUAUGUUUGAGGACUGGGAAAGGCUGUGGAGUAAUGGAUUGAAAUUUACUGCAUGUAAUGCUUUGAAAGAAAAUGUAAUGAAAAUGAUUUAUAGAUGGUAUAUGACCCCAGUCAAACUCGCAAAAAUUUACCACCUGUCUGAUAACAAGUGCUGGAAAUGUAAAGAGUGUGAAGGAACGUUCUUUCACCUCUGGUGGACCUGCCCUAAAGUGAAGGCGUUCUGGGAAAUGAUUUAUAAUGAAUUGAAAAAGGUAUUUAAAUAUACUUUCACUAAGAAACCAGAGGCUUUCCUUUUGGGUAUUGUCAGCCAAGGGGUGGCAAAGAAGGACCAGACAUUUUUAUGUAUGCAACAACAGCAGCAAGGAUACUACUCGCAAAACAUUGGAAAACUCAAAUGUGCAGGGAAAAGCUAUGCACUCUGACAUGAUCUUUAAACUCUGUGUACAGUCACAGAAGGGAUGCAUGUGACCUGGAGACUUUCCCCCGCUGUUAGUUCGUCGAUUGAAUUUUACGAAAACAUCUGACUAGGCCCAAAGUAUCACCAUCAGAACUCGUUGCAUGCCCACCAUAGGUAUACAGUGGUACCUCUGGUUAAGAACUUAAUUCGUUCCGGGGGUCCGUUCUUAACCUGAAACCUUUCUUAACCUGAAGCACCACUUUAGCUAAUGGGGCCUCCCGCUGCCGCCACGUGAUUCCUGUUCUCAUCCUGAAGCAAAGUUCUUAACCCGAGGUACUACUUCCAGGUUAGCGAAGUCUGUAACCUGACACGUUUGUAACCCAAGGUACCACUGUAUAUAAAGCACAUUUAAAGCAAAUGAUUCCCCCACCCCCAAGAAUCAUGGGAACUGUAGUUUACCCCUCACACUGCUAAAGUUCCCAGCAUUCUUUGGGGGAAUGUAUCAGCCUUCUUUAUGGAAGUGAGAGCUGGACCAUAAAGAAGGCUGAUUGCCGAAGAUUUGAUGCUUUUGAAUUAUGGUGCUGGAGGAGACUCUUGAGAGUCCCAUGGACUGCAAGAAGAUCAAACCUAUCCAUUCUGAAGGAAAUCAGCCCUGAGUGCUCACUUGGAAGGACAGAUCGUGAAGCUGAGACUCCAAUACUUUGGCCACCUCAUGAGAAGAGAAGCCUCCCUGGAAAAGACCCUGAUGUUGGGAAAGAUGGAGGGCGCAAGGAGAAGGGGACGACAGAGGACGAGAUGGUUGGACAGUGUUCUCAAAGUUACUAACAUGAGCUUGACCAAACUGCAGGAGGCACUGGAAGACAGGAGUGCCUGGCGUGCUCUGGUCCAUGGGGUCACGAAGAGUCGGAGACGACUAAAAGACUAAACAACAACAGCAACAUGUGCUUUAAAUAUAUUUUUAGUUCUGCCCAAAGUUGUUGAGCUUUCUUUGAGCUAUUUCUAUGGAAAAACAGCAAAAACGGCACUGCCUCCAUGUGCCGCCAUAGGUAUGGAUUUUCCUGGACAUUUGUCCAUUCCAUGUGUACGCUGCUGCCGACUCCAGUAUACCGGAUAUAUCUGGGUAAUCCUGGACGUAUGGCAACCCUAAUUAAUUCCUUAAGACUUGGUAUACCUUUCCAGCAGCCAAGAAUGGCUUUCCUCCCCCAAAUCAUCAUCUGUUUAAUGAUUUGGGUAAGAAAAGCUUGAGCAUGUACAAAUCCUGAACCACUGAAACAUCAAUAAAAGUGGGAAAAGAAAUAUAAAAUGUCAUUUAGUAGUAUGAACUUUUAUCAGAGGGUGCAUGUCACUCCUUCAGUAGAGUGAUGGUCAAUGUACAAUAGAAAAAGUUGCCUUUGUCUUAAAAAAAUCAUGUAAGCACUUUUUGGAGAUGUGUUUUUUUAAAGGUGAGACUGCCAGUUAAAGAUUAUGAUUCAUGUGUCUUCUAAUAAAGUUGCCUAAAAAUUGUUAUUUUGCGAGUUGACUUUUUAUUAGUCUUUUUCCAGAGCUAGUGAGUAAUUCACGAUGCCCUGGAAAUGGUGACAGAAAACCACUUAUCAUUUCUUGACUGCACAAAGAACGGUAAUGAAAAUUAACACAGAAGAUAAACUGUCCCUUAUUGAAAUUUAAACGAGAGCUAAUGUGUCCUGAAUUGAUUCAGCAAAAACAAGGAAAGUUUAACGUCAGACUUGUCUUUUGCUAUGAAAGGGCGGUGAAGAAAAUUCCGUCUGCUAUCACUAAAAUUUUAAAGAAAAUUUCCACUUUCACGUGGAAUGGGAGAAACUGUGCCUCAUUCAUGAGAUAAAUUAUUUAGAGCACUGCUGCAAGUCUCUGAGUAAAAAGAGGGGGGAAAGUUGGACCAGUGGAAAAUAAGCUAAAUAGAAUCUCUGUGUUCCAGAAUGAUUGUAAAUGGAGAACAUAUUGCAUUUCUUAAACUCUUUUUCACUGCUCUUCAUUAUUGGUAUUGCGCAUUCAGAAACUGGGGUUACCCAUAUGGAUAACAAAACAUGGAAUGUCUUGUCAGAACGAUGUCUUAAUAGACAAAUUAGCAGUAGUGACAUACUCCUUAAUGUGUUACUCUUGUUGGGAAACAAACCUUUCCGAUUUCAGAGUAAACAUACUUUUACCAUUGAUCUACAUAAUUCCAGUGUGGGUGGAUGAGUAAUGUUCAUUUACCAAUUGCACUGAAUAGUCUCGCUCUUCCGUUCAGAGUCUAUUUGUAGGAAGUACUGCAUAGCCUCCAUUGCCUGGCCUUGAUAUGCUCUUUUCCGUAUUAAAAAUAAUUUCAGAUUUCAAGUGAAUUAACCGUUUCUCACCAGUCCAUCUCUACCCCAUUUUGAGAAGGUCUGAUUUUUAAUGUUCAGCGUUAAAUGGCAGAAUGCCAUGCAAACCCUAAGGUAAACUGAUUUAUAUUAAGGAACUGGUAUGGUAUAGCACCUUGUAACAACACAUUGAGUUUUCCGGGCGGAAAGAGAUAGCAAAAUAAGUCUUUGGUUUGGUUGCUAAGUGUUAUCAAAGCUUCUGCUAACAGGGGCCCCAUUCCGAAUGGAACGCUACCUUCCUUAUAUAUUGUUUACAUGCUAAAUUCAGGCUACGUAUGAACAGGAUGUCUUCCAAAAGAAUAAUAUCAGAUACCCACAGGGGGGAGCUAGAGGAUAAUAUCCCUCAUAAAUGUCAUGGAGGGAUUCCUCACUGGAAAUAAUCUAAGUAGAAAGAAUGUCCUGUUUCAUUUGCUGGGCUUCUUCGUGGGAAUUUAUUUUUUAUUCAUUAUAUUAAUAGGUCAAUGCUAUACUUUAAAGGAAGCCCAAGUGGUGUGCAUUAAAACACACAAAUAAUGAAUUUUAUUGCAUUGUGAUGCAUUAUACGAAUCCACUCAAAAUAAAGUUUUCCCCAAACAGCUGUUCCUUAAACGUAGAGCAGGAUAUAAGAAAUAAGUACCUUAAACUAAUAAUGAAAUAAACUAGGAGCAACAGCAUUUCAGAUCUUCUCUCCAGCCUUCAGGGAAAGCAUAUGAGACAUUAAAGGGUUGUGAUUAUUAGCAAAAGCUUGUAAAGGAAGUAGCUAGACAUCGUUUUUUUUGAAAGCAAAUUUCAUCAUGAUUGCUGUAACAAAGACACAGUAUGUCUUUCAUUUCAGGAGAGUCUGAACAGCAUCCUAAAAAUGAGAUUGACAGGGCUACCACUAGCAAAAACUGUAAAACACAGUAUAACCCCCUUGCCAACUUCCAAGAUGAUGGCAAUGGUGAUGUGAUACAAGUUUUCAUCAGCUGUGGGCAUCACAAAUGUAUCUCAAUUUAGAGGUACUGGCCUGGUUUACAUGUAACACUAAGCCAAACCGUGGCUUAGCAGGCAUGACCAAACCCGGCCCUCCAGGUGUUUUGGGACUACAGUUCCCACCAUCCCUGACCACUGGUCCUGUUAUCUAGGGAUGAUGGGAGUUGUAGUCCCAAAACAUCUGGAGGGCCAAGUUUGGCCAUGCCUGGUAGGGUAAACAAGCAAAUGUGAAGGUUACCAGAGAGGAUAUAAUAUUUAUUUAUACCCUUCCUUUUCCCUGACACAGCUAAAAACAUAGGGAAAAAACAGUCAUUAAAAGCAAUUAAACACUGAUAGAAUUAAAACUAUAUCUGUAUAAAAGCUAUUAAAGUAAAGGUAAAGGGACCCCUGACCAUUAGGUCCAGUCGUGGCCGACUCUGGGGUUGCGGCGCUCAUCUCGCUUUACUGGCCGAGGGAGGUGGCAUACAGCUUCCGGGUCAUGUGGCCAGCAUGACUAAGCCGCUUCUGGCGAACCAGAGCAGCGCAUGGAAACGCUGUUUACCUUCCCGCUGGAGCGGUACCUAUUUAUCUACUUGCACUUUGACAUGCUUUCGAAAUGCGAGGUUGGCAGGAGCAGGGGCUUAGCAACGGGAGCUCACCUCAUCGCGUUGAUUCGAACCACUGACCUUCUGAUCAGCAAGCCCUAGGCUCUGUGGUUUAACCCACAGCGCCACCCGCGUCCCUUUGAUAAAAGCUAUUAAAAACAUACAAAUGAUUGAAAUAAAAACAGCACGAUACUAGCCCUUUCAUUAGAAGCAGCCUGUUGAACCAAGUAUUCACCUGUUGGCAGAACAACAAGGAGGGAGCCAGUCGAACUUCUAUAGGGAGGGAGUCCCAAAGUCUGAGAGCAGCCACGGAGAAGGCCCUCCCUGGUUGUUCUACUGCUGUGCUGUGCUAAGCCAUGUUUUGGCUUCAAGUGUCAUUCAGACCAGGGCUUGUGGUUUAGUUCUCUCCAGACAAACCAUGAGUUGUAACCAAGGUUUGUUCUAUGGUUUGCAGCUGCAAAAAGUGUAUUUUUAGAGUGCUAGGUGCCAAUAAGGAACGAACAUGUCUCAUUUUAUAUUAAAUUUAUGGGCCAUGUUUCAGGUAGUGGAGCUUGUCACUUACUUUUUGAGGGAGGAAAGCUAUGUUAGCAAAGGAAAUGCAGGGACAUGACAAGGCUGUGCCAGGUCAACUGGGAAUGCAGACAGAAGUGUUAUUGGUAUGCCUGUGAUACCAAACUCUCUUCGUCCAUCUAUCCCAGGGAGGAGGUGGCAGUUCUGGUCUGGGGCCUGAACUUGACCAUUUUAGACUGGAUGUGAGCUAAGCUUGCCACCUUUGGUCAGGCAAAAUAAAGGACAGGUCAGGCAAAAUAUGGGAUGGGUUGGGGGGGAAUUGGGGACUAAAAAUUACUUUACCAGGUGCAUAAAUGACUUCAAAGCAAUCUAUUACUCUUUCUGCUGCUCUCUGACGCUGAAUUUCUGUCUCCUAUGUCUGCACAAAAACUCUCCUUCCACCCAAGGCAUGCAAACCCCCUCAGGGUUUUAUUUUACCAAAGAAGAAAAUAAAAUAAAAACCAGGAUUAAGGGGUUUCCAUAGGACCAGUCCUUUUUUUCUUAAAAAAAAAUGUUUAGGGGUACUCUCAUUUCCCCACUCAUAUUGAAAUACUGCCCCUCAAUGAGGCCAAACUUAGAUUCACAAAAUGUUUAGGGGUAUGCGUACCCCCAGAAAAAAAGCACUGCUUAGGAGGGCGGAAAGUAUGUGUUCUGUAUCCCGUUGGUGUAGUGGUGUAACGUUAACAUAUGAGAGUGCUGGAGGUGAAAUAGUUAAACAGGUUACCCAAUCAGAACCCAGGGGGUGGAGUCAGAGGGACUAUAAAACCAGCUCUGGGAAGAGUUCGUUGGGAGUUGGGUGGUUGGUUGGAGUGGGAGUGAAUUGGGAUAGAGUCUGUGGGUUGGUUGAGUUAGUGUAGCGAAAUAAGCUGAGUCAGGAACAGUUAGGAACUAGGAAGACAAGUAAAUGUGAGAGAUGGUUUAAUGAGGGAGAGCAGGUAGCGGAAGUUAUAGGUCUGGAUAGGCAACCCAUGAGUGUAACGGACCAAUACCAUUUAUGAAACCACACGCUUGUUAAACUGCAAUUAAUAAACAGAAGUUUAUGUUCCAAUUUAACCCUGACUGGACUCAGUAUUGUACCAGGUAGGACCUGGGUGGUGGCAGCAAGAAAUAAAGUGGUAGCACAGGGAUCAAUAGACAGUGAAACAUCCGGGGACCCUGUGUGAUUGCUACAAGUGGUGAAGGAAAUGUACUGCAGUGGGGGGGGGGACACACCAAAAAUGGGGGGGGUGAGGAGGGUCAGUUGUGGGGAGUGAGAAAUGUCCCUAUUUUCACCUGAGGAAUUUUGGAGGGUAUGCAAUGCAGAGACUAAGGAGGAGGAGAGUGACAGGCACUGCUAUGUCCUAUUCUGGUUGCACGUAAGAAGGCAGGCAAGUGGGGGCUGGCUGAGUGAAGACUAAGCAUCCCAUUCAUUCUAAUGGACCAGUUUCCAUUGGUACUUAGUGGUCCGGUAUUGAGUUGUGUUUCUUUUGUUGUAAUAAUCUAACCAUUAAUUGUUAGCCAUUUUGAGGAGCUGGGGGCUGAAAGACAGGUUUAAGAUAAAUAUUUAAUAAAUAUACAGUGGUACCUCGGGUUAAGAGCUUAAUUCGUUCUGGAGGUUCGUUCUUAACCUGAAACUGUUCUUAACCUGAGGUACCACUUUAGCUAAAGGGGCCUCCUGCUGCCGCUGCGCCGCUACCGCAUGAUUUCUGUUCUCAUCCUGAAGCAAAGUUCUUAACCCGAGGUACUAUUUCUGGGUUAGUGGAGUCUGUAACCUGAAGCGUCUGUAACCCGAGGUAUCACUGUAUAAGGAACGUGUGGCAAACAGGUUGUUGUUGUUAAUGCUACUUCAUGCCAAAAUAAGCUUCUAAGCAGUUUGCAAAGUGUAAAAAGAAAAAGAAAGAAAGAAACCCUUUACUAUAAUAUGAAUAAAACAAUCACAUCAAAACAUUAAAAAAAUGAAAACAGCUGGUUGUUCUGUUUGCUACACUUGUUGAAAUUGUUGUCUUUUUAAAUCCUUGACAGGUGAUAACUGGUGA